ACCUGGAGACCCGCCUCCUGCGCUUUCAACUGGCCCGGAGAGGAUUAGGGAGAUUUUGGGCUGGGGGUUGGGAGGGGGGAGGGGGCGUGCUCGGCGCCGAUCCCCUCCCCCGAUAACCCCCACCCCUACAACCAAGAAGGGAGGAGGGGCGCCCGACGGGACAGCAAGGGAGCCAGCGAGCCGCGGAGCGCAGCGCGGGGAGGGUUAACCCGCCCAUGUAAACGUCGUCUGGGGCUUGUCAGUUUCCGAUUCGAGACCCGGGAAAAAAGGGGGAAAAGGCACGCCUGGCAGCGGGCGGGCACAGCAGCCUCGGCGGCAGCAGGAACCGCGGAGACCCCGACGGAAAGGACGAGGAGGCGGGCGCCGAGGUGAGCGCCCUCGGGCGCGGGCGCCGUGCUGGCGGGCCGGUGGGGAGCCCGAGGGAGGGGGUUCCCCGGGAUCGCGCACCCCGGGAUCGGGGCCCUGGGAGAACAGCUCCCGGGGGCUUUGUCCUCGUGGGGAGGGAAGAGGAAGCCGGGCACUGGGAGGCACCGACGACCACGAUUCACUUGGGGAGCUCGCCUGGGGGUUGGUGAGGAGGGCGUGUGUGGCUUUGGAGAGGCACCGGAGCGCGGUGGGUCGCCCGCUUCCUCGCCCCCUUCCUCGCUCCCCGUGGAGUUUCCCAGCCGACGCUCGGCUGCCUCGACGGCGGCGCAGCCCCCGGGACGAGGAAGAAGCGCGCGCGCCGGGGAAGGUGGGAUGCGCAGCCCGGCGGUGCGCGCCGUUCCACGCCGGAGCUCCCUCCAGAGUAAAAGCGCGCAGGGCGGUAGCCUCGUCGGGUGGGGGGGGGAAUGCCAUCCCCUCGCAGGGGUACAGCCCAUUCUCACAACAGCCCAGUGAGGUGGGUCUCCUCUUUUCUCCUUUUGCUGAAGGGGGACGGAGGUUUGAGUAGCCCAAAGCCCGGCCGUGACGUCGAGGCUGCGCCCCUUUCCAACUUAGUCCCAUGGAACUUAUGCGUUUUUUGUAGGAUCGCGCUGCAGGACCCUCUUUCUGUCCUUUUGGGGUGGGCCACGCAUUGCCUGCACUGACCCCCUUCUCCACUCAAUGGGGGAACCGUGGGACCCCCCCCCCCGGCCUGGCGUUUUUGCCCUCUGGGCUGGGCUGCUCAGCCUCCCGCCCCUUUCCUUUGUCCCCCGAAGCGGAUUCCCCUGCGGGGCUUCUAGGUGGGAAGUGGCUGGUUCAAAACAACAUCAAAGAGCUUUGCAAAAAGCACCGCUGCCCCAUAUCUUUUCUUCCCUUCUCCGUUGAGAAGCCCCCCAAACCCAAGUAGGGCUGGGUUGGUGUUCUGCCCCAGUUGAGGACCAAGUGAGCUGUCCAGAAACUAUUUAUCUGACUUUUUACCCUUUCCAGAAGUUAAACAUGUUUGAUACCCAGUGGAAGUUUGAAGAGGAACUGACUCAUUGUGGCAGAAGCCGGUAAAAGGGCCCUUCUGGCACAUGCAACAAAUCAGUACAUCAGCCUUCACCAACCUGGUGCCCUCCAGAUGUUGUAGUCCAGAACAUCUGGGGGCACCAGGUUGGUGAAGGCGGAUGCACAUCUUUAAGGAGACAUAAUAAGCUUCUUUGUUCUAGGUAAAAGGGUGUUUGUGUGUGUUCAUAUAGCAUGUGAAAUGAUGGGCUUGCACAUUUAGAGUGCCCAGCUUUUACAUUUUAUGCCAGCCUUACCCAGCCUGGCACCCUCCAGAUGUUGUUUACCUAUUUAUGUACAUUUUAUAUUUAUUUAUAUUUGUCAGGUUCCAUCACGCAGAAAAAAUGGGUCUCAAAAUGAGUUAGCAAGAUAUAACCCGAUGAAGUGACCAUGUUGUCUAUGGGGCUGAUGGGAUUUGUGGUUCAGCUGGAGGGCGCUAGCUUGGGGAAGGCGGCUUUUAAGCCAUGCCACUGGCAACCCUCUGCAAGGGGAAAGUUCACAGAACGGUUAGAAGCCCACAUGCACAACCCAUGUUUGCAAUUUGAGAUGGCUGCGAUGUGGCCCAUCUCCCCUUGAAGACACCUAGGUGGAAUGCACGCCUUUGAGAAUGGCUGAUUCAUUGAGAGUUCUUUAAAUCAUCCAUUUACUGAUGAAUCUUACUGAGGUCUAUGGAAAUUUUCUGUGCAGAAAGUGUCUGAAGACUUCAGAAUGAAGGUGUGUGUGUAACUCAGAAGAUCAUACUUGCAUUGGUUGUUUACUAACUUUUCUGCAAUGGACACAUUGAUGAGAGUUAGAAUCUAAUCACUCUUUGGCUGAUAUUCUCAACAAUACCGAAAUGUGCAUUUGUUAACUCUUGAAACCUUUGACCACAUUUUUAUUCACAGAAGUGGGGUGGCUACAUCCUACACCCACAUAUUGGUAAAACUGCUGUACAAUGCUAGUCUUACUCAGAGUAGACCUAUUGACGUUAAUGGUUGUGAGCGACUCAAGCCCAUUGAUUUCAAUGGAUGGCAUCCAGCUAAACAAUUCCACUAGGGAGCCUUUUAGUCAUCUUCUUUAGCCCCAUGCCCCUCAAUAUGUGUUUCCCUGCAACUCUUUGGAGAAAUUUUUAAGGUGCCUUGUUUGUGCUAGUGGAACUAUUUGACUAGAUAUCAACCGCUGGGUCUGCUCUAAUUAGCUCAGUGGCUCCCAAGCCUUCUCAGGCCACCUCCCCCUUAGUUGCAGAAGCUCAUCCUCAGGGACCCCUGCCCCCCCAAAGCAUUAUUCAAAAUAGUGAUUUGCACCACCCCCUAAGAAAUAUAGCAACCCAAUAUAAUUCAAAACAGCAACCAUUAAUUGCACAUUUAUUCCAAAUCCAAUUAGAACUAGUCUGUUUAAUUUAACUCAACAAAACUGAUCACCUUGAUCCAGAGAUACCAGCUUUUAAAAGUCUGAGAGUGAUUGACACCUCCAGCACUUACCUCCCUCAGUGCCUGCCUCUUGCCUUUUAGCACCCCCCCCCCCCACAGAUAAUCUCACAGCCCCCAUCUUACGACUGCCUGCCUUGGGAACCACUGACUUAGCUGGAUAUUACAACCCACAUAUUUGGGCAUUAUUUGCACAACUCUCCAUCCAUCUGAGACUUUUCCGUUGCUGCUGUUCUGUGAACAGAGGACAAUCGGUUGCGGAAUGGCGGGGGGCGGGGAGCCUGACUCAAACAUGGCAAGGCUGCAGCGGCUGGUCCAAGCGGCUACCAUCUUGCUUAAGAGAGCUUGCCACUGCGGCUGGGCUUUACCUUUGCAGGCCAGGUGGUUAAGGCUGCUGCAAAUGUCCCUGGGUUUCUCUCCUCUAUAUGCUGGGGGAUUGACAGCCGCACCUGGGAAGUGGUGGCGCCUGACGUGAUGUGAGAACGCAUGAAAGCCUUGCCCGCCAGCGGCGCAUUCACGCAUGCCGCUUUCGGUGUUGUGAAGCAGCCUGCUUGUGCCGCAGCGAUUCCUCGCUGGGUUGUGGUGUUUUAAACUCCACAACUGCAAAAUAUGGAAAAGGAGUGUGUUGGCACUGGGGGUGUUGCUCUGGACAAAGAGAUGUGCAAUGCAUGCACCAUGUUGUGACUCUAGGGUUGCAAUCCCCCCUGGAAAUGCAUGUCUGAAUUGGGUUUUAAGCCCACCAGGACCUUUCUAACACUCAGAGAAGUCUGGGUGCCGUGUGUGCAUUUGAGACCUCCCCCUUCCUUAUCUUCUCAGCCAGGUUGCACUGUUUGUCCAGGCCGAUGUGGCCUUGUCCAUGCGGGAGGCCCAAGACAAUGGCCCUCUCCUUACAAAGGGCCUGAGGGAACUGGUCUUGAGGCUAGAUAGCCCUUCAAAUGGGCCUGCAAGCUUUCAGCACUCAUUUUACCUGAAAAGCUGGCUCUGGGUGGUUGUUCUGUGUAUGUUUUCUGUGCAUCAACAGCCAGAAGUAGCAAUGUUUCUGAACACCAGUUGCUGGAAGCCACUGCAGGGGAGAGGGCCGCUCCUGUGUUCGAAUCCUGCCUGUGGGCUUCCCCCAGGCAUGGUUUGCCACUGUGAGAAAAGGUUGCUGGACUGGAUGGGCCAUUGGCCUGAUCCAGCAGGCUGCUCUUAAAGAUAAAGGGACCCCUGACCAUUAGGUUCAGUCGCGGACGACUCUGGGGUUGCGGCACUCAUCUCGCUUUACUGGCUGAGGGAGCCGGCGUACAGUUUCCGGGUCAUGUGGCCAGCAUGACUAAGUCGCUUCUGGCAAACGAGAGCAGCACACGGAAACGCCAUUUACCUUCCCGCCAGAGCGGUACCUUUUUAUCUACAGUGGUACCUCAGGUUACAGAUGCUUCAGGUUAUAGACUCCUUGCGGGUGGCGCUGUGGGUUAAACCACAGAGCCUAGGACUUUCCAAUCAGAAGGUCAGCAGUUCAAAUCCCCAUGACGGGGUGAGCUCCCGUUGCUCAGUCCCUGCUCCUGCCCACCUAACAGUUCGAAAGCACACCAGCACAAGUAGAUAAAUAGGUACUGCUCCGGCGGGAAGGUAAACGGUGUUUCCGUGCGCUGCUCUGGUUCUCCAGAAGCGGCUUAGUCAUGCUGGCCACAUGACCCGGAAGCUGUACGCCGGCUCCCUCGGCCAAUAAAGCGAGAUGAGCGCCGCAACCCCAGAGCCGGCCACAACUGGACCUAAUGGUCAAGGGUCCCUUUACCGUUACUUUAACCCAGAAAUAGUACCUCAGGUCAAGAACUUUGCUUCAGGAUGGGAACAGAAAUUGUGUGGCGGCGGCAGGAGGCCCCAUUAGCUAAAGUGGUACCUCAGGUUAACAACAGUUUCAGGUUAAGAAUGGACCUCCAGAACGAAUUAAGUUCUUGACCCAAGGUACCACUGUACUUGCACUUUGACGUGCUUUCGAACUGCUAGGUUGGCAGGAGCACGGACCGAGCAACGGGAGCUCAUCCCAUGGCGGGGAUUCAAACCGCCGAUCUUCUGAUCGGCAAGUCCUAGGCUCUGUGGUUUAGACCACAGCGCCACGCGUACCUUUUAUAAAAGGACUGGUCAUGCCAACCUGAGUCUAAGCUGCUUGACUUAGAUAGCAUCUCCCAUUCUUUGGGAGCAGAAUGUGUGUCUUGAGCAGAUAUUAGCUGGUGGUUAGAGGCAGUGAGCCAUUCUUGAGUUAGGGGAAGGAAGAGGAGACGGGAGUUCUCUAAACGCUCAGUUAUAAAACAGAAGUUUCCUGGCGCUUGAGGCCUUCCGGUAAUGAUGUAAUUAAAGAAAGAGGGUGAAGGAGGGAAGGUGGAUAGGAAUGGAGCCACAUCCUCUGUUAGAGUGGCGAGAGGUGAGGCUCUGGGAAGUUGCUUGUCAGAGAAAGAAAGAGGGACAGAGAUAGGGGGAGAGGUCUAGGAGAGGCAACUUUGCUUAGCCUUGCGGGCUGGAGGGCUAGGCAAGAUUGCAGCACGGAGUUUAGAAAAAGGACUGAUUUUCACUUUGCAUUUCUGCAUUGUGGGAAUGGUCACGUAAUGUAGAGCUCGGCCCCAGAGCCUGGUUCAAGCGCCAAGUCUCUGGCGGUGGUUCAAACAACAGUGCUUCUGAGCAUGUGGGGAGUUCCUUCAUCACUACGGUGGGAGUCUCAGCCAAGCUGGGUGUCAGUGCUGCCAAAUCACAGUGGCUAAGGGUCUCUGCUUGGAUUAGGAGGGUUGUGCAUUAUAUCAUGUCCCAGCCACUCCCACUGCAAUGUGAAGAUGCAAAAAAUACUUCAGGGCUGUUGUGAAGAUAAUUGAUUAUGGAUAAUGCAUGUGCUAUGCUUUGAAUACUCCAGACAGCACACAUUGUUUGAAAUAUGAAUGCUGUCCCUUCAAAUCCUGAAGCAAUAAAACCAAUUAGACAAAAUUAUACAGUGGAACAAACAAACCUGGAAUGCAAUUAAAAGUGACUGACCGCAGGAGAGCUCACAUCCAAAUUAUUUUUGUGAUGGUUAAGGAUCUGCGACAAGAAUGCUUUUGUCCGCCAUUUCCUUGUAAAAACAAAUUACCGUAUUUUUCGCCCUAUAGGAUGCACUUUUUCCCCUCCAAAAAUGAAGGGGAAAUCUGGGUGCGUCCUAUGGGGCGAAUGCAGGCUUUCGCUGAAGCUUGGAGAGCGAGAGGGGUCGGUGCGCACCGACCCCUCUCGCUCUCCAGGCUUCAGGAAGACAUCCGCAGCCUAGGCAGCCCUGCGGGAGGUCCCGCAGGGCUGUCUAGGGUACGGAUAGCAGCCUGCUUCCCGGAGCGCCGGGCGCGCUGAAAGCAGAGCGCCCGGCGCUUUGGGAACACAUCCGCAGCCUAGGCAAUCCUGAGGGAGUUCCCGCAGGGCUGUCUAGGCUGCGGAUAGCAACCUGCCACCCGGCGCGAGGGGCGCCCUGAAGCAGAGCGCCCCGCGCGCCAGGCAGACAUCGGCCAGCCCCAGAAGCUUGGGGGACAGCAGGGAGGCACAGCGCCGCCAUCCCGCUGUUCCUCAACCUGGUUCGGUUUCCCCGACCUGGUUUUGGGGGGGAAAUAAAGGGGGGGAAAUUUCCUUUAUUUCCCCCCAAAAAAACUAGCUGCGUCCUAUGGGACGAAAAAUACGGUAGACACUGCUCAUAAGUUUAUUUCCCACCAUCAAAUGCAUCUUGCAGGAAAGCACAGUGUAAUAUAUGCUCAUCCUUAGCUGUGACUGGGGACCUGAAUAAUCUGUGUAUAUAAAAAAGAUCAAGAUGUGAAUUAAAUGCAUAAGAAGAAUCAGGUUUCUGGAUCUGGUAGAAUCCCAAGAUCUGUCACCCAGAGACUGAUGCAAAAGAUCCUAAGCUCAGGAAUUUUGUAAUAGUGCUCAAUUUCCUUCCAUACAUAAUUCCACUCCUAGUUAUCCCCAGGUCACUUAAUAUGAGCAGUAUAACUCUUUCCACUGAUGGGGGGUGGUGGUGGAGAAGCCUGGCUUCCCUGGGGGCUGCACCAAGGUAGACACAAAUAGGUAGCUGAUAUCCACCGAAUUCACCCAAGAUCUUUUAUGAAUUAUUCCAAACCUUUUGCAAAGAUAUUUUGAGGAUGCUGAUAUUGGAGUUUGACACCAUUGCUGCUUCUUCCAGCAGUGAGUUCCACAGGUUCUUUGGCCACUGCGAUGACCCGAAUUCUUGAUUGAACUGUCCUGCUUUGCCACAGUUGGAAUGUUUAAGUCUCCGGAAGACACCUCAAAGCACAAUGCUUUUCAAUGGGGAUGGCUAAGUUUCAAGACAUCGUUUGAUCUAAGAGUGGGAUACAAUUCUUCUUCUUCGUCUUCUUCUUCUUCUUCUUCGUCGUCUUCUUCUUUACCCUUCAUCAUAAGAUCUCUUUUUUAAUAGUCAUCUGUCAUUUUCAUUUUACAAUAAGGACAAUGACUAAUGAUCCAAAUACACAUUUAAUUUCAACUCCCCCCUGCCCUUUCCACGGUUCACUUCAUUAUUUUCUUUUCUACUACAUUUUCUAAUUAAUACCUAUCUUUUCAUUUUCUCAUUUUCUAUAUCUCCCUAGUUAUUACUGCUGAAUUUACUCUGUCACUGUUAACUUUUUAAUAUGCUUACAGUAAUUUUCCAGAAGGGACGCGGGUGGUGCUGUGGUCUAAACCACAGAGCCUAGGGCUUGCUGAUCAGAAGGUCGGCAGUUCGAAUCCCUGCGACGGGGUGAGCUCCCGUUGCUUGGUCCCUGCUCCUGCCAACCUAGCAGUUCGAAAGCACGUCAAAGUGCAAGUAGAUAAAUAGGUACCACUCUGGCGGGAAUGUAAAUGGCGUUUUCGUGCGCUGCUCUGGUUUGCCAGAAGCAGCUUAGUCAUACUGGCCACAUGACCCAGAAGCUGUAAUCCAGCUCCCUCGGCCAGUAAAGCGAGAUGAGCACCGCAACCCCAGAGUCGGCCAUGACUGGACCUAAUGGUCAGGGGUCCAUUUACCUUUAAUUUUCCAAAUAAUCUACAAAACAUUUUCUAUCUUCUUUAAAUAGUUUUCCAUCUUGAUCUCUUAUUCUAUUUGUCAUUCUUGCCAUUUCUACAUAUUCUAUCAGUUUCGUCUGCCAUUCUUCCUGUGUUGAUAUUAUACCCUCUUUCCACCUGGGAAUAUUCCAUUCGAGCUGUUGUAGUUGCAUACAUAAAGAGGGAUUUCUGAUCUUUCAAUACACUUUCAUCUGUUAUACCUAGAAGAAAGGAUUCUGGGCAUUUAACAAAUGAUUUUUAAAACAUUUUUUUCCAGUUCAUUAUAUAUCAUCUCCCAGUGAGGCUUAACCUUUUUGCAUGUCCACCACAUAUGAUGAAAUGUGCCUUCUUUUUAUUUACAUUUCCGACAGAUAUCUGCUUUGGAUUUGUAGAUUUUUGCUAAUUUACUUAUACCACCUAUAAAUCAUUUCCAUGUAAUUCUACCUUAGUGUGUAACAUGCUGUAAAUUUCAAAUCCUUUCCCCAUAAUUUCUCCCAUGCAGACAACUCUUACAUUAUGACCUAUAUCUCUUGCCCAGUGAAUCAUCGCUGAUUUUACUAGUUCAUCUUUCCUUUCCCAUUCAGAUAAUAAGUUGUACAUUUUGGACCUUCAUCAUAAGAUCUCAGGGCGAUUCAUAGAAUAAAAUACAAGAUAAAAACACGAGGAAAUAACUAAAACAAAACUGGCAAAACAAUAAUACCCCCCUUCCCACAGGCACAUAUUAGAAGGCUGUAGAAUAUUAAUCAGCCAAAGGCCUGGUUCAAGAGGAACAUUUUUGUCUGGCACCUAAAAAUAUAUAAGGAAUGGUGCCAGGCAAACUUCCCUGGGGACAGCAUUCCACAAAUGGACUUCUGCUCCUCUGUUGCAAUGAGCAUCAUUUCAGCAUCUCAUUGACCCCUGUGGAAACAGAAUGAUAACGGUUGGAGGAUGGAUGGUGGCUAACAGAUUGAGGUUGAAUCCUGACAAGACAGAAGUACUGUUUUUGGGGGACAGGGAGUGGGUUGGUGUGGGGGAUUCCCUGGUCUUGAAUGGGGUAACUGUGCCCCUGAAGGACCAGGUGAGCAGCCUGGGAGUCAUUUUGGACUCACAGCUGUCCAUGGAGGCGCAGGUUAACUCUGUGUCCAGGGCAGCUGUUUACCAGCUCCAUCUGGUACGCAGGCUAAGACCCUACCUGCCCGUGAACUGUCUCGCCAGAGUGGUGCAUGCUCUGGUUAUCUCACGCUUGGACUACUGCAACGCGCUCUACGUGGGGCUACCUUUGAAGGUCACCCGGAAACUGCAAUUAAUCCAGAAUGCGGCAGCUAGACUGGUGACUGGGAGUGGCUGCCGGGACCACAUAACACCGGUUCUGAGAGAUCUGCAUUGGCUCCCAGUACGUUUCCAAGCACGAUUCAAAGUGUUGGUGCUGACCUUUAAAGCCCUAAAUGGCCUCGGUCCAGUAUACCUGAAGGAGCGUCUCCACCCCCAUCAUUCAGCCCGGACACUGAGAUCCAGUGCCAAGGGCCUUCUGGCGGUUCCCUCAUUGCGAGAAGUGAGGCUACAGGGAACCAGACAGAGGGCCUUCUCGGUAGUGGCGCCCGCCUUGUGGAACGGCCUCCCAUCGGAUGUCAAAGAGAUAAAUAAUUACCUGACAUUCAGAAGACAUCUUAAGGCAGCCCUGUUCAGGGAAGUUUUUAAUAUGUAACGCUGUACUGUUUUUAACACUGAUUGGGAGCCGUCCAGAGUGGCUGGCGAAACUCAGCCAGAUGGGCGGGGUAUAAAUAAUAAAUAAUAAUUAUUAUUAUUAUUAUUAUUAUUAUUAUUAUUAUUAUAACAUAAGAACCGUGUGUGGAUCAGGCCCAAAGGCUCAUCUGGUUGGCCACUGUGAGAACAAGAUGAUGGACAAGAUGAGCCAUUGCCUGAACCAGCAGGAUCCUCUUUUCAUCUUAAGGCACCUGUGUUAACCAACAUGGGACCAGGAUGCCUUAAAGAUGCCCAGCUCUGAGAUACCUGAGUCAGGUAUUUCAUGUCUGCAUCCUCUUCUCACAGUGGCCGACCAAAUGCCCCGUGAGCAACCAGCGACACUCUCCUGGCAGAGAUUCGGCAGAGUCCUCUUCACCUUUGCCUUCCAAAGGUUUCUUGAAAGAUCUUUAUAUGCCACUGGGCUUAUACAGCUGUUUAAACCAGUCGUUUUAUGUUUUAUGGCAGUAGCAAUAAACGAGCUGGUGGUAGAGAAAUGCUUUUAUAAACAAAUAAACAGACGUAUUCUAGGAGGAGCAGCAGUUGCAGAGUGGAGAUCCUCUGAAAGGAGGGCAAAGACUUGUGGCCUGCCUACAUAAAUGCUCUCAGCAUCAAGGACAGGGGUCAGCAACGUGCGGCCCAUGGGCCGGAUGUGGCCUACGAAGACUGUUUUACUGGCCCACGAGCCGCCCCCAAACCAAGCCGCCUGCUCAGCGAGUCCCCCAGCGCGGCACGGGGACUCUCCGAGUGGUGCAGGAAAUUGUGUCUGCACAUGCGCAGAUACUGGAAAUUGCGUCUGCGCAUGUCCAGACGCUGAAAAAUGCUUCUGCGUAGGCAUGAUUUUUGGUGUCUGGGCAUGCGCAGAAGCAAUUUCUGACACCGCGGACAUGCACACGCACAAUUUUCAGCAUCUGGGCAUGCGCAGAAGCAAAUUCCGGCACCGCAGACAUGCGCAGAUGCCAUUUUGGCGUCUGGGCAUGUGCAGAAGCGAUUUCUGGCACCACAGGCAUGCGCAGACGCAAUUUCUGGCAUCACGCUGCGCCAGUCCGGCCCACGGACAAUCUCUGUGGGAGUGAUCCUGCCCAUGGCCAGUAAAACUUGCGGACCCCUGAUCAAGGAGGACCUCCUCUGCCGUCCUGGCCAACUGAGCGGAACAUGCAUUCCUGAGAUUCUCUCCCUUUUUCCUUUCCACAACCUCCAUGUCACCCCUUCUUCGUGCGCCCCCCCCAAAUACAGUCUCUGGCCUGACUGUUUUCCUCUACCGACUCCCGCUUGCCCUCCUCCCCACCUCCUUGUCAAAAGAGUCUAAAUUCUGUUGCAAAGCCUAGUUAAUUUGGUUCCAGAACAAAGCAUGCAAAUUAAGAGGUGCAUAAUUGUUGCUGAUUUGCACAAUUUAAUGAGACUGUAGCUGCUGAGGGUUGUUUUUAAUUUAAAGUGCCUGGCCUUGUUUCCAGAGAAGGUCUCUGCCUAUAAUCCAUGGCAAGGGAGGAGAGGUUGGCGUGGGUUCAACUGCUGAUGGUGAUGGAUAUUGUGUGUGUGAUGUUUGGGGAUGAAGUGAAACCCACCAAAUUAAUUCAGACAUUAAGGCCAAAGCUGGGAUUGUGCUGAUUUCUGCCCCCUUGACAGAUCGUUUUCUUCUGCUGGCUGUUUUCGGGGUGGGGGGACAUAUUAGGAAUAUAUUUUUGGGUGGGAGCACUGUGAACUCCAUUCAGAUCUGGUGCUCAAAGUACGGUAAAUUCCUGUGCUCAGGAUUCUUUAAUUCUAAAUGUAUGUCUUUUGCAACAGGCUCUGGUUGGCGGAUCCUAGUAAAAAUCAAAGUAGAUCCCGCAAGCCUGAAGUCUUGCCUGUUCCUGGUCUGAGCAGAUUAGCUGCACUUUAACCUGGGGGAUCAUAUGGAAAUCUCUCCUAGCUCUACCUUGAGAAGCCAGGGAUCGGACCUGGGAUCUUUUUGCCUGCAAGGGAAGAGUGUUAACCACAGAGCCACAUCCUUUGUCUUUCCCAUAAGCACUGUUAGUAUGCGUGAAACUGGCCACUUUUUACUUGGAAUGCCAGUUUCUAAUAAAUCAAGUUACUUUCAUUUUUUGAAAAAACAAACAAACAUGUAGAUGUAUUAUCGAUUUUUCAAGCAACAGCUCAACCAGAUUUUGUUUGUGCACCAAAAAUCCCCACCAUUUUAACAUUUUCAAUUAUUCUGAAAGUGGUAGCAAACUGAGGGUUUGCAGAAAACGCCAUUCAGUAGCAGAAAGUGGUUCAUUUUAGGGAACCACUGACAUGAUUUUAUAACCCACAUGGAGAAUGCUAGUGGAUUUUCUAAAUACCGUAUUUUUCGCUCUGUAAGACGCACCAGACCAUAAGACGCACUUAGUUUUUGGAGGAGGAAAACAAGAAAAAAAAUAUUCUGAAUCUCAGAAGCCAGAACAGCAAGAGGGAUCGCUGCGCAGUGAAAGCAGCAAUCCCUCUUGCUGUUCUGGCUUCUGUGAUAGCUGCGCAGCCUGCAUUUGCUCCAUAAGACACACACACAUUUCCCCUUACUUUUUAGGAGGGAAAAAGUGCGUCUUAUAGAGCAAAAAAUACGGUACGUUACAGGCAUUUAAAAUACCGAACUACUACUAGAAGUGAUCCGUGCACCCAUUUUCCUGCUGGACUGUGGUUCCAGCUGUCAGUACUGUUGAGCCCAAUGCACCAUGCGCCGCUACAUCCCAGGAGCGGCCAGUGCUCUCUACCAAAAGGUAGAUAUUUGGAGAGGAAUGUGGGGUGCUGCCCCCUUCCUGCGGAGAGGCCUGCCUUCCUCAGACAGACCUUGAGCCUAGCCUCUGCAAGCUCCACAACCGAACAAAUGCAGAAUUGCUGCAUGGGCAAAAAAAUGAUCUGGGGGCGUGUGGGGUGGAUUCCUCCCCAGCCUCUUGUCUUGAGCAAUGGCUUUUUCUGCCUGCCCACUUCCACCUACUCUCUGAAGACCGGAGCCUCUUAGGAAUAUUAGGGGGGUGGGCAGGGAAAGGACUAGACCAUGUGAAAAAUGAACAUACAGUGGUACCUCAGGUUAAGAACUUAAUUCGUUCUGGAGGUCCGUUCUUAACCUGAAACUGUUCUUAACCUGAGGUACCACUUUAGCUAAUGGGGCCUCCUGCUGCUGCCGUACCGCCGGAGCACGAUUUCUGUUCUCAUCCUGAAGCAAAGUUCUUAACCCGAGGUACUAUUUCUGGGUUAGUGGAGUCUGUAACCUAAAGCGUCUGUAACCUGAAGCAUCUGUAACCCGAGGUACCACUGUAAUAUUUUAGCUGCAGUUCAUUCAUUUUCAGCUUUGUAUUCUUGCUAUAAAAAAGUGCGCCUAGGCACUCCGUUGUUGCGCCCAUAACCUCGGUUUAAGGUGCCCUUUAGCUCCUGGUUUUCAUAUCUCAGUCUCUUACUUAACGCUGGUUGGGAGUUUUCGGGUGUCCUGGACAUUGCAGAAGCCCCCUCUCCCAAGAUCUGGUCUCCAGUACUUAUGCCUGCCAUGCAGAGAGGCGGGUGGGAGGUGGGUGGGCAAGGUUUGGGCAACCCUCUUCCUCCUCCAACACCUGCACCCUCUCCCUUCGACUUGCACCUCCCUUGUUCCUCCGUUGGGGCCCCAAUUAAACAAAUUCAGCCAGAACUUGCUAAAUGGCAACCAAUUAUUUCUGCAUCCCUUUGAAAGGAUCGAGAGGGGCAGCUCUGCAAGGACAAAAGGCUGGGAUUAACUCUGGAGAAAGGAGGCGGGUUAAGAAAGAGGCAGCAGUCCAGGUUGCUGGUGGGGGCAGCUGCUCCCUCCCCCCAAAACCUAAGACCAUAAGAACAGCCUGCUGAAUCAGGCCAGUGGUCCAUUUGGCCAGCAUCCUGUUCUCACACUAGUUGACCGGAUGCUCCCAAUGGGAAUCCCACAAGCAAGCUUCGGCUGGGGAGGGCGGGAUAUAAAUAAAAUUUUAUUAUUUUACUAUUAUUAUUAUGAGCUCAACAGAGACUUUCCGCCUCCUGUGGUUUCCAGCAACUGAGAUUCACAAGCAUUGCUGCCUCCCAUUGCGGAAGCAGAGCAGAGACAUUGAUAAGCCUCUCUGCCUUUCUUCCAUGAAUUUGUCCAAUCCUCUCUCUGUCCAAUUUGUCCAAUCCUCAUAUCUACGGGACCGCCUCUCCUGGUCUGACCCACAGAGGACCUUAAGGUCCAUGAAUAACCAUAGUUUAGAGGUCCCGGGCCCUAAGGAAGUCAGACUAUCCUCCACCAGGGCCAGGGCCUUCUCAGUGGUGUCUCUGAUCUGGUAGAUUGCUCUGUCCCAUGAGACUAGGGCCCUGCAGGAUUCAACCUCCUUCCGUUGGGCCUGUAAGACAGAGCUAUUCUGCCUGGCCUUUAAUUUGAAUUCAGCCUGAUCUUUUAUUUCCCUUGUCUUCCCUCCCCCUCCCCUUUUUUGAGACCCCACAGCUAAUUCUCCCCUGGUCUCCUCGCUGGCCCAAGUAGGACUAAUUCAGCCAGCUAGCCCUGGGGAUUAUCUAAUGCUUAUUAGAUGGAUUUCCCCUAAAUUGAUUUCUGAACUUUGAAUUUUAUUGUUAUUCAUGUUUUUAUACUGUAUUUUAUGCUGCUUUUACAAUUGUUUUAAAUUUGUUGUUAGCCGCCCUGAGCCUGGUUUUUGAACCGGGAAGGAUGGGGUAUAAAUAAAAUUUUACUAUUAUUAUUAUUAUUUUAAAGUUGGUGGCCCUCGCUGCCCCCUGUGGAAGCGAGCUCCAUAACAGCUAGCUUUCAGAAUCCAUCGCUUUUUGAUCAAAUCACUAUCAAGUCAGAAUCUGAGCUGUAGUCCUUCCAUGUGUGCCUCCCCACACCGCCCCCGGCCCCUGCCACUUUAUUUUUUUUAAAAAAGACAGUUAUAAGGGACGUGGGUUAAACCACAGAGCCUAGGGCUUGCCGAUCAGAAAGUUGGCGGUUCGAAUCCCCGCGACAGGGUGAGCUCCCGUUGCUCGGUCCCUGCUCCUGCCAACCUAGCAGUUCAAAAGCACAAGUAGAUAAAUAGGUACCGCACCGGCGGGAAGGUAAAUGGCGUUUCCGUGUGCUGCUCUGGUUCGCCAGAAGCGGCUUAGUCCUGCUGGCCACAUGACCCGGAAGUUGUACGCCGGCUCCCUCGGUCAAGAAAGCGAGAUGAGCGCCGCAACCCCAGAGUCGGCCACGACUGGACCUAAUGAUCAGGGGUCCCUUUACCCUUUACCUUUAAAGAUAGAUCCCAUCUCGGGAGUUGGAUGACCUGAUUUUGAAGGCAGCUGUCUGUAUUCUUUCUCCCCAGAGCGCCCCACAUCUGUUUGUUCCUCUUCCCGUGUGAUUCAUUGAUGGAGCCAGCCAAGUUUCAGGACUGCUCUCUGAGCCUGCACCUGUUCCAGGGUUUGGGGAUGGGGUGGAGUAGGAUACAAUAGAUUUCCAUGAAAAGAUAAAAUGAGGACAAUGCUACACACCCCUUCCAGUCAAAAGGUUGGUGCACACAGGUGUUAUUGCUCUCAGGUGGGUGCCUGCACAAAUCAAGCAUCCCAGGCACAGCCGUGUUUUCCAGGGGAGUCAAUCCACAUGUUUGCCUAGCAGCUGCUGAGCGAAGAACUUGAGGGAUGUGCGUGCAUGUGUGAAUUGGGCAAUUUGGGUGUUGGGCAGGCCAGACCACCCCUCUACCUGCUGCCUUGUGUCUGUCAUCUACACCUGAACUAUUGGGCUAAGGCAGGGGUCAGCAAACUUUUUGAGCAGGGGGCCGGUCCACUGUCCCUCAGACCUUGUGGGGGGCCAGACUAUAUUUUGAAAAAAAUAAUAAUGAAUGAAUUCCUAUGCCCCACAACUAACCCAGAGAUGCAUUUUAAAUAAAAGCACACCUUCUGCUCAUGUAAAAACACCAGGCAGGCCCCACAAAUAACCCAGAGAUGAAUUUUAAAUAAAAGGGCACAUUCUGCUCAUGUAAAAACAUACUGAUUUCUGGACCGUCCGCGGGCCAGAUUUAGAAGGCGAUUGGGCCGCAUCCGGCCCCCAGGCCUUAGUUUGCCUAGCCAUGGGCUAAGGCAACUGUUUCAUUUUGGAAUCUUUAAUUUUGGUUUCCUGUUAAUUAUGUUGCUUUGAACGUAUGCUUUAUUUUUGACUUUCUUCUGCAGUGUUUUAUUCUGGAUAGCUUUAUUUGAUAUUUUAAUGUAGGCUGUACACCGCUUUGAGGUGUUGUUCUUAAAAAGAUAAAGCGGUAUAGAAAUGAAAUUAUAAAUCAUCAUGGUCUGAACUGAACCACAGAGUCCCUACCUGCAGCCUCCUCUGAAGCCAUGCGCUUCAAUUGCACUACUUGCAUCAGGAGCAAAAGGCAGAGAUUGCAGCAGAAUUAUCUGCUCUGCAAGGGAGACUAACUGGAGGAAUAAAACUUGAGCAGCAAAUCAUGCAGAGAUACAGAGGGCAGCUCCUUUUCUAAACAUAGUAGCCUUUCUUUAAUUCUUUACAUUUUUCAUGGGACACACAAUCCAGGGCUUUGUGUUUUCUCCCUUGGGGGAACAGCGCUUUGCACAUGGUCAGGGGUAGUCUCUUCCUCAACCAGCACUUCACACGUGAUUUGGCUGAGCCCUGGAACUGAAAACAGAGUUCGGUCCUGGUCCUUGCAUUCCAGACCAGGCAUCUCUCUUUGGAGGAAAGCCCCUUUGAGACGGUUUCUGGUCGUCCGCCUGAUUUACAGGCGGGGCUGUGUGUAGCAGGGUGGGGUCCCACAUGCCCAGGCAGCUUCCUCCCCCAUUGUGUCCUGGGUCUGGGAGCAGAUGUGCAGGAUCAAUGAGAUUUCAGUAAGCAGCUGGCUGGCAGGUUUACUCUACCCAGGACACAACUGCCUGCUUCCUGCCUCCCCUUUGUUGCAGAGAGUGCAGAGCUCCAGAGAUGAAGGUCAGAGCCGAACAGGCAUUUGUGGGGAAUUUCUGGCAUUUGCAAGGAUGCACACAACAUGAGAAAUGGGAGGCAUCCAAUGUUGUUUAGUCGUGUCCGACUCUUUGUGACCCCCUGGACCAGAGCACGCCAGACCCUCCUGUCUUCCACUGCCUCCCGCAGUUUGGUCAAACUCAUGUUUGUAGCUUCGAGAACACUGUCCCACCAUCUCGUCCUCCGUCGUCCCCUUCUCCUUGUGCCCUCCAUCUUUCCCAACAUCAGGGUCUUUUCCAGGGAGUCUUCUCUUUUCAUGAGGUGGCCAAAGUCUUGGAGCCUCAAUUUCAGGAUCUUUCCUUCCAGUGAGCACUCAGGCCUGAUUUCCUUCAGAAUAGAGAGGUUUGAUCUUCUUGCAGUCCAUGGGACUCUCAAGAGUCUCCUCCAGCACCAGAAUUCAAAAGCAUCCAUUCUUCGGCGAUCAGCCUUCUUUAUGGUCCAGCUCUCACUUCCAUACAUCACUACUGGGAAAACCAUGGCUUUAACUAUAAGGACCUUUGUCGGCAAGGUGAUGUCUCUUUAAGAUGCUGUCUAGGUUUGCCAUCGCCUUUCUCCCAAGGAGCAGGCGUCUUUUAAUUUCUUGACUGCUGUCACCAUCUGCAGUGAUCAUGGAGCCCAAGAAAGUAAAAUCUCUCACUGCCUCCAUUUCUUCCCCUUCUAUUUGCCAGGAGGUGAUGGGACCAGUGGCCAUGAUCUUAGCUUUUUUGAUGUUGAGCUUCAGAUCAUAUUUUGUGCUCUCCUCUUUCACCCUCAUUAAAAGGUUCUUUAAUUCUUCCUCACUUUCUGCCGUCAAGGUUGUGUCAUCUGCAUAUCUGAGGUUGUUGAUAUUUCUUCUGGCAAUUUUAAUUCCGGCUAGGGAUUCAUCCAGCCCAGCCUUUCGCAUGAUGAAUUCUGCAUAUAAGUUAAAUAAGCAGGGAGACAAUAUAUGCAUCCAAUGAGGAAGACCAAAAAGGGGGAACCCGUAUCAAGGCGCUGAAUAAAGAGUAUUGCACUGUUUAUUAAUUCCUACCACAUUUCUGCCAAAAACAGGCUUUCUGCAGGGGCACUUAUGUUUCCUUGUGGACAACUGAAAGCAUCUUUGAAAACACUGUAGGCAGAACUCCUGAGGACGCGCCCUGAAAAAUGCAAGGACGUGGGUGUUUCAAAAUGGAUGUUUUUGAAUUGUCCACAAGGAAACACAAAUUCCCCCUAGGAAGGCCUGUCUUGGCUGAAGUGAGUUCGGCAUUACAGUCAUACCUCAUGUUAUGUGCACUUCAUGUUACGUUCUUUCAGGUUACGUCCUGCGGCGACCCGGAAAUACCGGAAAGGGUUACUUCAGGGUUUCGCCGCUCGCGCAUGCGCAAAAUGACGUCAUGCGCAAGCGCAGAAGCGGCAAAUCACAACCUGCACGUGCGCAGACGCGCCACUGUGGGUUGCAUUCAUUUCAUGUUGCAAACGGGCCUCCGGAACAGAUCCCGUUCGCAACCAGAGGUACCACUGUACUAAAAAGGGCGAUAUUCCCCCCCCCCAGUUUCUUGUGAUUGGUUUUUUCACCUUUUUUGUCAUCUGUAAGGACAGAAUGAAACAGCUCCGACAUGCUGGAAUUUGGAGUCUCAUGGGCCUGAAAGCUGCUGCAAUAGGUCCUGGUGGUGUUUCUUUUUAAGUGCACAAGUGUUUUGAUUUGUCAGAUGAGGUGGGAGAGGAAAGGAGCUGAAAGGAUUAAUACAUGCAGCAAAUGUAAUUAGGCGGCGGAACUCGCUGACACAACUUAGAUGGCUAUAAAAGAGGACUGGACAAAACAGUGGAGGAGGAGAGGACUGUGAUGGUUACCAGCCACAGUGGCUCUGUUCUGUUCCCACAGCUGGAGGCAGCAAUGCUUUGAAUCCCAGUUGCUGGAACCCACAGAACGGGAGAGGGCUCUUGCGUUCAGAUUCUGCUUGUGGGCCUCUUUGCCUGACCCAGCCGGCUCGACUUAAUGUUCCCAUGUGCUUAAUGCUACAAUCACAAACUGCCACUCCAAAAAGGCCCCUUGUCUCUGCUUGUUGUCAUCUGUGCUUCACAGGGCAUUCAUUAAAUAGAAGAAUCACAGUGUUUUUCAUAGCCCAUCCCAGACUCAGGUUGGAGCCAAGCACCUGUUCCCAAACAGUGCGUUGCUGGCUUUCAGAGUCUUCUUCCAACACAAGACCUUUGUCUAGAGAUCAGCCCUGGUGAUGUUGGCCAAUUCCACACCCCCAGCAAGUCUGCCACAAGUUGUGCUAGAUGCAGCCACACCAAACUCAUAAUAAUAAUAAUAAUAAUAAAAUAAAAAUUUUAUUUAUAUCCUGCCCUCCCCAGCCGAAGCUGGGCUCAGAGCAGCUAACAACAAUAAAAAUAACACAGUCUACAUAAAAUCACAAUCAGUUAAUUGAAAUGCAUUCUAAAAUCAAUUCAUUCUAAAAUCAAUUCAAAAUCAAAUUAAUGGCAAUCACUGCGCUAGAGUUCUGUGAGGAUUACCAAAGGAGGGGGUCAGAUUGUGCCCUGACCAAAGGCCUGGUGGAACAGCUCCGUCUUGCAGGCCCUGCGGAAAGAUGUCAAGUCCCACAGGGACCUAGUCUUUAGUGACGGAGCGUUCCACCAGAUCGGGGCCAUGGCCGAAAAGGCCCUGGCUCUGGUUGAGGCCAGCCUAACCUCCCUGUGGCCUGGGACCUCCAAGGUAUUUUUGUUUGAAGACCGUAAGGUCCUCUGUGGGGCAUACCAGGAGAGGCGGUCCCAUGGGUACGAGGGUCCUAGGCCGUAUAGGGCUUUAAAGGUUAAAACCAGCACCUUAAACCUGAUGCAGCCAUACCAAACUCAUGCCGUGCACAUGCGCAGUGCCUGGGCUGGUGGGGUGGCAAUUUCUUUUUGUGACUAAUCAAGAGGCUGUAUAGCAGGAGUGUGGAAGCGCCGGCCCUUCAGGUGUCCACAGAAGCAUCGAAUUGUAGGGUUGAAGGGUCCCCAGAGGCAUCUAGUCCAACCCCAUGCAAUGUAGGAAUCUCAACUUGCAAAUUGAUUUUUUUCCGGAAGCAAGUAACCUGGAGUGGGGUAUAAAUAAUAAAUUAUUAUUAUUAUUAUUAUUAUAAUUCUGUGAUGAUGGGGAAAGGGUGCCACCCCACCUUUUGCCUUGGGCAACAACACACUUUAGGCCACCUAAAUAUUUGGGUGGUUCUUAUUCUGUAAUGUUGGGUGGGGGCUGUGGAAGGACAAUGCGGGGUAGUGGUUAGAGUGUCGCAUUGGGGAGAAACCUAGGUUCAAAGCCACUGGGUUUAUUUAUUUGUUAAAUUUGUCAGUCGCUUUAUCCCAAAGCAACCUUCAAACAAACAAGCAAACAAACAAACAGACUAUAAGCACCACGUAGAUACAUUAAAACCAAGGGAAGAGGUAUAGUCAGGUUGUGUAGCAAAAAUAGUUGUUUUUGAACACCAAUGACUUUUUUUUUACAUGUGAUUUUACAUUGAGAAUGAGCCGUUGGCAAAAAACCCCCCUGUUUUGCCUAUGAUUACAAGUUUACCCUAGAAAAGCCUCAAUUUAAUUUUGGGGUUAGGUGAUUUUCAUUUAUUCAGAAAAACGAACUGUGAAUGCCAGCCUGUUUUGUACAAACAAGCUAUAGGGACGACUAAAAUAAACUGUGCACACGGUUUCAUUUCUAUAAUGACGAUACAAUGCAAUACAAUGUCCCGUGUUGAGCAGAUGGGAGGUGAAUGCCUGGUAGGUAAUGAAAAGCAAACAAAGCAGUUAUAAAGGGGUUUGGUGGAUACAGAGGAAGAUGCACAUCAAAGGAUUAAGCAGAGAAGCCUCAGUAGAGGAAGACUGAGAAAAGCCAGUCUGUGUUUUCUUAUUCCUUAUUCCUUUGUCUAGAAAGGGAUUCCUCAUGCCCGGAUGCUGAAAUAUUUAGAACUGGAUGCAAAUUUAAUUGAAGUGAUUUUUUUAAAACUGGGGAAUCUUUCCACAAGGCAAUGCUAUUCCACGGUUGCUUGUUCUUAACCCUGCGGCAUUUAAAUGCAACCAAAGGACUAUCUUUCCCUGGAAAUUGACUGUGCUUGUUCUCUAGGGGGCCGCAGUCUCCCUCAUCCCCAAUUGCUUGGGUGACUCACAUUUGGUAGAGUUGGUAUGCCUGGAACUAAAUAAAAAUAAAAGAAAACUGAAUAAUUGUGGUGUGUUUUGUUUUGUGUUUUACCAAAUCGCCAAAGAAACAAGAUUUUUUUUUUUGCUUUCUUGGUUUCUUGAAAACUGUAAAACAGAAAUGAUCAAUAAAGGUUGCUAUCAAAAUAAAAAUAAACAUUCAUUCAAUCCUUGGUUGAUACUUGUUUUUUUAUAUCAUUCUGAAAUUCAAUUUAACAUGACCUCAAUCUUCUCAUUGUGUUCCGAGUCAAAUUCCUGAAAUAUGCACUUAACUUUGUUUUCAACCUAUUAUUUAACUUACCGGUACUUAAAGAUUUUUCAAGUUGUUCUACUUACAGACAGAAGCUUAAUCAAGACCUACCAACGGAUUGAUAUUUUGACAAUGUUCUUUUACAUAGACUCUGUAUAUAUUCCACUCUCUGGCAGUUUUUUCCUCUGUAACGCCUUAUAGCCUUGCUGUUAGUCUCACCAAUUCUACAUAACGUCUUAGUUUAUUUUGCCAGGGGCAAAGCACCACAUUUCGGAAAUCCCCCCUGCCUUUGAAAUGCUGGUAAUGUCCAGGAAAAUCCAGGCGUUUGGCAGCCCUGUCUGAGGCUCCUGUGGCCACAGAGUUGUGUGGGACCCCCGCAGGUCAUCUAGUCCAACCCCGUGCAAUGCAGGUAUCUCAACUAAAGCACCUGUCCCUCCCAUCCUGCAGGUUAACAUGAAGAAGGAGAAGGUGGUCCAGUGGACGAUGGACAGCGAGGAGGAGAACCUGGUCUUGGUCAAUGGAAGCUGCGGUGACCCAGCCAAGGACAAGGCCGAGCCUACCUUGAAAGUCAAAAGGAAGCAGAAGAAUUCAGGUAUCCUUGGAAAUCUGCCUCCUGUUCCCUCACGAGGCUGGUGGUUUGGCACCUCUUUGGCUGAGGAGGUGCAAAAAAGUUUUUGAUUGAGUUUCCACUGAAAUGAGGCUGCAUUUUAAUGUUUUAAUCUUGUAUUUUAAUCUUGUUUUUUAAGCAGUAUUUCAAUCAAUUGUUUUUAUAUUUGGUGUUAGCCGCCCUGAGCCCAGUCUUGGGAGGGUGAGGUAUAAAUCAUAUUAUUAUUAUGAGGAGCUCUGACCACCCCAGUAUAUAUCCCAAGGGGACUGUGGAGCCAGGCUUGGUGCCAGCUGAUGGGCAGCAGUUGGGUCUUGGCUGAAGCUCCUGCGUCUCAGAAGGGCACUAAAAUAGAGGGCACUGAAGCUGCUUUAGGGGUCUAGUGGGUUGCCAGCGGUGGUGCUGUGAUGCCUAAGCCCAUCACCAGCACCGGGAGGUGCAAACCUUGGAUCCUUGGAUCUUGAAUGUUUUCACACACUAAUGCCACAUCCUGUAGAAUUCUAUCAGUUGUACUGUGGUACUGUAGCCUUAUGAGGCUUUGCCCUCAGGUGGGAAAAAUAUUGCGCCCGGGAAAGGGAAGCGGGAGUCAACAGACACUCAAGGAAUAGUUUCGGAGAAAAGGCUUUUAUUUCUACCAUCCAUGAACUGGUAGAAGGAGCAAGUCUGAUAGUUCACAAAAAGCAUGCACGAAGUUCACAGUCAUGUGCACAAGCAUAUAUACCCCUUUCCAGUUCCCUCCCCCUUUUCUCCUCCCUCAGGAGUCCUGCCUCAUGAGUUCCUCUGAGCAUGAACAGAAAGCUGUCUUGGGACUAUUGGACUCUUGGCAGGAAAGGGGGAAUGAGAGCCGAGGGGUCGAGGAGCUGGUGGUUCACCGUGUCCAAGAUGUUGCAACCCAAUGAGAUAAGAUUCGUUUCUCAGGCCUGAGUAUUCUUGGCAAUGAGCAUUUAAAAGUAACAUUUUGCCUAUGCACAGCAUCUUGUGAGAAUAAGCAGAGACAAGCAGAGAAAAGCUGUUUUGGAUUUUUAGAAGACAAAAGGGAGUUCUGGACAGUUUUGAGGCCGGGGGUGAUUAUUGAAGCCUGGGGUGAUUUCAGACAGGAUUUGGGUAUCUUGUCCCUUCAGUACAAGAUGAGAACAGAAAUCGUGCUCCGGCCGCAGCAGGAGGCCCCAUUAGCUAAAGUGGUGCUUCAGGUUAAGAACAGUUUCAGGUUAAGAACGGACCUCCGGAACGAAUUAAGUAUUUAACUCGAGGUACCACGGUAUUAGGUGAGCAGGUUCUGGGGUGGGGGGUUCCCCAGGGGCUUGGCCCAAAUGGGAGGAAGCUGACUCGAGGCCCCGUUUCCUCUUGUGCAGAUGUCGAUGAAGCAGAGAAAGUGCCUCGCAAGGCGAAGUGGAAGGAACAGGAUGAGGAGGUCCCCAAAGAAGGCCAGGAGGAGGUGAGAUCUUUUUCCAAACCCUGAAUGUCACAUCACGUUUAGCAGUUGCUGGCAAUACAGACCAGCGGCUCCCAAAACAUUUGUGGGCCACCUGUCUUUUGGUUCCAUAAACUCACCCCCUGUUCCCCCCACCCUCCCUUAUAAAAAGUGUAACUCAGAACAGCGGAUUGCACAACCCAGUAUAAGGAAAACAGUAGCACCAUAAAAUUAAGUAAUUUGUAAAAAGUUCCCAUUCUUCUUUGAAGUCACAGUUGUCCUUAUCAUGCAGUUUGUAUGUCAAUUUAGCCAACUCUACAUAGUUCAUCAAUUUCUCUAGCCACUAUUCUUUUUUUUGGGUUUUCUCAUUCUUCCAUCCUUGUGCUAUCAAGACUCUUGCCGCUGUUGUAGCAUACAUAAAUAAAUUCUUUGUUUCCCUUGGCAGGUCUUGUCCUACAAUCCCUAACAAAAAUGCUUCUGGAAUUUUUUUACAAAUUUCAUUUUAAACAUUUUCUUCAAUUCAUUAUAUAUCAUUCCCCAUUUUUUUAAAAAUUUCUCUACAUUCCCACCACAUAUGAUAAUAAAAUUCAAUGCAGUAACAAUUAAUUGCACAUUCAUUCGAAAGUCCAUUAAAACUGUUCAGUUUAAUUAAUUCAACAAAACCGAUGAGUUUGGACUUGUAGGGUUGGAAGAGACCACGAGGAUCAUCUAGUCUGACCCCUUGACUAUCAAAGCGUGAUAGUCAUGGACACCUCCAAUGCCCCCCUGCUGCCCCCUUGCCUCUUAGCACCCCCCAGCUUAUCCCCACGUCCCCUUUGGGAACCAGUGGUAUAAACUGUCAGGGGCAGCCAUAACCAGCCGGGUGCCCCAAAUCAAGGCCUGAGCGUAGCUGUCAACUUUUCCCCCUUUUUAAGGGAAAUUCCCUUAUUCCGAAUAGGAUUCCUCACAAGAAAAGGGAAAAGCUGAUAUGGGCCUGAGUGGGGUAGCAAUACUCUCCCUGCUUUCGAUUUCCAGCCGCUUCAAAGACAUGCUGAUAUGGAGGCUCAACAUAGACAUUGCAGCUAAUAGCCCUUGAAAGCUUUGCCUUCCACGAAUCUGUCAAAUCCUCUUUUCACGCUGUCUCAAUUGGUGGCCAUCGCUCUGCCCCUGAAUUUCCAUCCCUGUGCCAGCUUUGAUGGCAGGAUCACGUCACCCCUUCCCCAAUGAAACGAGGGCAGGCUGUCACCUUCCUCUGUCCCGCCUGCCCCUGACAAACCCAGGCAGUGAGCGACACCAAUCCUUUUCGAUUCCCAGGUGCGGAGGCGCGGAUCCGCUGGCUGGGAGAACAGUUUGCGGCAGAAACCCCCUCCUCGCAUCGUCUUCCAGGCCGGACCCGUUGCGCAGGAGAAGAAUGUGAAAGAAGACGUGGAGAGCGUAGAGAGCUUCAAGGAGCGACACAAAAUCAGGGUGAGGUUUGGGUUGCAGUUUCUGUCUGUCUGUCUGUGGUGGUCUAAGGAUAUUGUAGCCUGUCGACUGGCCCUUUCCAGGGAGGUAGUGGAGUUGGUCAACUUGUGAUCUGGAAAAUGACCCCUUUGCCAGCCCUCCUCAUCUGCUGUUGCACCCCAGAUUUCACCCCCUGAUUUAGCAGAUGGGGGAAUCAAAGCUGGGCUGGCAGUCCUUUGAACCGCCAAAUUGGGAGAAGUCUUUUUUUUGUGUUUAAAUUUUUUAUUUUUUUACCAACAACCAAAACACAGUGAAACCCCACCAGGCGACUGAUACAUUGGGUAUACAUAAUCAAUAAUGACAUAUUCAAUCAACCAUAUGUACAAUUUUAUAUAUGCUAAUACUCCUCCGUCCGCAAGGUUUUUUUAACAUUUUAAUUGCCCCAAAUUGUUCAAACCCACCCAAAUAAUUCAAUAUCUUCUCAAACCAAUCCUCCUCUUUCUCACUGACCUUAAACCCCUUCAUUCUGUGUAUCUUCACAGUUAGAUAUUGUAAAAUUAUAAUAUUCAGGUUUUUUCCUCCACUGGUUCACCCUUAGCUCUUCUGCAUUUUUCCAAUUACUGGCUAUAACUUGUCUGGCUGCAGUUACCAUCAAUUUUACCCUUUUACAUUCCUCUUUUGUUUUUAACUCGGUGCUACUCAGACUAAUAAGAACCAUUAAUUUAGAUAUUCCCACCUUCCUACCCACAAUUCCUGAUAUUUCUAUACCAAUCUGUUUCCAAAAUUCAUUAACUAACGGACAAUCCCAAAUUGGGAGAAGUCAGACCAGCCCAUCCUCUUCCAACCCGGCUGGUAUGUGUCUAUCACAAACUCAUUACACUAGUCCUCAUGAGCAGGGAAGAGGGUUGGACACAUCAGGUAGCUUUCAGCCAUGCUUUCUGGACCAUAAUAUGCACAGGUGAUGCAUUUUGUUGUGAUGCUCCCCACCUUGUGAACAUUGCAAGGGGAAAUUGGGGGUUCAAGGACAGAGGCUCACACAAAAUUCCCCAUUGCUCAGGCUUUGUUUCAUAACUCAUUACUCAAGUCAAGUCAAGUAACCUUUAUUGGCAUCACAUAAGAACGUUCAGAAUACAUUCAGAAUAGAUAGGCCAGUGCAAUGUUGUCGCCACCCGAACGACACAGUCACCUGCCAAAGGGCAGAAGAGGCGAGCAAUCCGCCUCAUCUCUGUGGGUUUCCAGCAAGGGCAGGAUCCUGUAGCAUACUUCGGCGACAAAAAAUCAAAUAGAGGAACUUAGGUACUGUCUUGGUGAGCUCCUGGACUCUCCCCUGUAAUAAGAAGCUCAUAACUUCCGUCUCUGGUUUCCAUGUUGGAGUACAUAGAUGGUCUAGAAAUUGUUGGUGGAGAUCAUCCUACAUUUUACAUUUAAGGGCCAUGUGAGCUAGAGUUUCCACCAGGUGGGCAUCGCAUGGGCAGAUACAGUGGUACCUCAGGUUAAGUACUUAAUUCGUUCCAGAGGUCUGUACUUCACCUGAAACUGUUCUUAACCUGAAGCACCACUUUAGCUAAUGGGGCCUCCUGCUGCUGCCUCACCGCCGGAGCACGAUUUCUGUUCUCAUCCUGAAGCAAAGUUCUUAACCCGAGGUACUAUUUCUGGGUUAGCGGAGUCUGUAACCUGAAGCGUAUGUAACCUGAAACGUAUGUAACCCGAGGUACCACUGUAUAACUCAUUACUGGACAGAGUCCAAGGUGUUUGCGAGAGCAUUUUCAUUAGGAUAAGGUUACCAGAAUUUUUUCAAUUAAUCCAGGGACACUUUUCAACUUCAAUAGAUUUUGUACAGGGACUGAUUUGUAAAUCUGGGGACUGUCCCUGGGAAACGGGGACGGCUGGUAACCUUACAUUAGGACCCACACUAUAUGGCCAGAUAGACGUCAUCUUGGGGGUUCAUCCUCUAUCCAACCACCCCAGCACCCCACACUCUCAUAAAACCACAGUCCUUAGAAACACUUACUCAACCCAUUUUUUCUUUACUUCACAUAUUAGACCCCUCCUUGUACCUCACCCAGAGUUGUUUUCCCCUUUACAUCUAGCCAUCUAGUACCUCCAUAAAUGGUUCUUACCAGUUUUUGGGGGGGCCAGGCCUUUUUGCACAUGUGACACCGAUGCCUCACCGAAAACGAGCCUGGCAGAAAUCCCGUGGCCUCAUCCAUCUCUUUUCUCAAGGAGCUCAGCUAUUUUCUUCCUCUCUACCAGUUUUCCAGGAGAAUCUCUGCAUCUGCCCAAGUGGACUACUCAGAGGAGAACUUUGUGCAGUCUGGCCAGAGCGGCGGCAACAGCAAUAUUGGGGUACCAAAUGGCUGCCUCUUGACAGGGACCCCGAGAGAUGCAGAGGAAUACCAGGUGGGGCCGCUUUUGCCUGGUGGGGAGGGGGCUGGCGUGGCUACCUGGCUGAAGCUUAGCAAGGGAGUGGACAGCUCUGAAACCCAGGGUGGUCAGAAGAAGGGGUUGCAUUCUGGAGCAGCACACAUGGAUUAUUUGGGGGGGGGAAAGAUUACAGUAUAAUGACUAAAACCCCACAACAUUGCAUUGCAUUUAUAGAAUCGUAGAAUUAGAGAUGUUCCCCCUUUUCCCUCAAUGGAGAUGAAAGCAAUUUAUGUGGCUCUCCAGCUCAAACCCCACAACAACCCUGUGGGGUAGGCUAGGCUGAGAGGGAGCGACUGGCCCCCCAAAUCACACCGUGAGCUUCACGUUUGCCGAGUGGGGAUUCAAACCCUGGUCUCUCCUUGGCAUAGCUGUCAACUUACAGAUUUGAAAAUAAGGGACCAGCAGCCUCAAAAAUAAGGUAUCAGCAGCCAAAAUAAGGGGUUUUUGGAGCACAGGUAUGUUCAACUUCUGAGCCCCUCCAAGCCAAAGGCAGAAAGCCCAGCCAGCAGCCAAACAAAGCCUCAAGCGGUGGUUCCCACAGCGCAGCAACCCGGCAAAGGGGAUGCAGCAAGGAAAACCACCGUCACCUCUCUGCUGGGAAGCGCUGAGCAAAGGCGAGUCCCCAGGCAAGGCGGCUGACUUGAUCAGCACAAGGCAUGCAAGCUCCACCCCCCAGUCGUUCUUAGACUCCUUAUUGGGUGAGCAACGCAGCCAAGCAACACAGUUGGAGCCUCCCUCCUCCCUGGCCAGCAGGGAGGGAAGGAGAGGAGCUGCUUCCUUUGAAACCCGGGAAAUUUAAGGGACAUCAUCAAUAAGGGACAGCAGCGGGACACAGCGCUGGGAUAAGGGAGUUCCCCGCCAAAUAAGGGAUGGUCGACAGCUAUGCUCCUUGGUUCGCGCCUGGAACUCUAACCACUGCACCACCAUGACCUCUUUUUUGGGGUUUCCCGGCCCUGGUUUCGGGGCAAAGCAUUGCAGAUGGAUUUCGCUUAUGUGACUAUUUUUUAAUUAAUUAAUUUUAUUGAUUGAUUGGUUGAUUGAAUUUAUAUACCGCCCUAUACUAUAUAUUUUUUAGUUUGUUUUUAUUAUCAAAAGGAUUUUGAUCCCAGACUCUAGCUCAGGGGUCUUUGGGGGCCAAACUUUUUGGGAUCUUGAGAGAGCGCAUUGGGCGCCAGUCAUAAAAUGGCUGCCGCGGGGGACGUGUCAUCAUGCAAAAUGGCUGCCCUGUCUGAAAACAGAGAUAGACGUUUGGGCCUGUUGAAGUGGGUGACUAGUGGGAGCAGGAACUGAGAAGGAGUUUGGAUUGGAUUUGGAAUUGAGAUUUGAGAUUGAUUGGAUUUGGAUUGGAUUUGAGGGAGAGCAAACUGUCCCUGGAGCCUUGUGGAUUUAUUGAAUCCACAAUGGUGGCUGUGCAAACUGUGCUGGAGACCCCCACUGUUGCCCAAGUGCUCUCGGGGUGGAUAACGGAUUCAAAAGACGGCGACAGCGAAGCAAAACGAAUGCAGGACAGCAGGUUAAAUGUACAGCAGCCGGAUUUCAAAAAGAGGAGCGUUUUGUUCGUUAAAUGGUUUCAAAUAUGGUUUGGUACACAGGCUGAGAACCUACCUACCCGUGGACUGUCUUGCCAGAGUGGUGCAUGCUCUAGUUAUAUCCCGCUUGGACUACUGCAAUGCGCUCUAUGUGGGGCUACCUUUGAAGGUGACCCGGAAACUACAACUAAUCCAGAAUGUGACAGCUAGACUGGUGACUGGGAGCGGCCGCCAAGACCACAUAACACCAGUCUUGAAAGACCUACACUGGUUUCUCAGCGCAAUUCAAAGUGUUGGUGCUGACCUUGAAAACCCUAAACGGCCUCGGUCCUGUAUACCUGAAGGAGCUUCUCCAACCCCAUAGUUCUGCCCAGACACAGGUCCAGCACCGAGGGCCUUCUGGCGGUUCCCUCACUACGAGAAGUGAGGUUACAGGGAACCAGGCAGAGGGCCUUCUUGGUGGUGGCACCCGCCCUGUGGAACGCCCUCCCACCAGAUGUCAAAGAGAUAAACAACUACCUGACAUUUAGAAGACAUCUGAAGGCAGCCUGUUCAGGGAAGUUUUGAAUGUGUGACAAUUUAAUGUAUUUUUAAUCUUUAUUGGAAGCCCCCCAGAGUGGCUGGGGAAGCCCAGCCUGAUGGGCAGGGUACAAAUAAUAAACUAUAUUAUUAUUAUUAUUAUUAUUGUUGUUGUUGGUGGUGACCCUGGGGGCUUCAUGGAGCCACUCAUUCAAGAGCCACUGACAGGCCACGGGGGCUUCCUGAAAACUCCCCGUUAGCACCCCAUUUCUUUCCACUUGCUUACCUUCAAUCUUAUUUGGUUUUUUCCAGGACAGCAAGGGUUUUCGAAUCGGCGAGCUCGUCUGGGGGAAGAUCAGGGGCUUUGCUUGGUGGCCCGCCAUCGUCGUCUCAUGGAGGGCCACAUUCAACCGCAAGGCGGCCCCUGGGAUACGUUGGGUUCAGUGGUUUGGCGAUGGAAAGUUUUCGGAGGUGAGGGGAAAGGAGGGGGAGGGCUGCCGAUGGAUGCUGGGGGGGGGGGGGCGUUGGUAUCUUGCCCCCGAGGUAAAAUGAAGAAUACACAAAGGAAUUGCUUUCAGUGGGCACCAGGAAAAUCACCUGCACUCAUCCAGUAUUUAUACGCGUGGCUCAGGGCAGCUAACAACCAAUUUAAAACACUUUUAUAAAAGCAGCAUAAAAUACGGUAUAAAAACAUUAAUAACAAUAAAAUUCAAAAAUCAGUUAGAUAAUCCCCAGGGCUAGCUGGCUAAAUUGAUCCUACUUGGGCCUGCGAGAAGGCCAGGGGAGAAUUAGCUGUGGGGUCUCGGAGCAGGUGAUCUUCAUAAAAAGGGGAGGGGGAGGGAAGGAAGGGGAAUAAAAGAUCAAAUUAAAGGCCAGGCGGAAUAGCUCUGUCUUACAGGCCUGACGGAAGGAGGUUAAAUCCUGCAGGGCCCUGGUCUCCCUGGGACAGAGCAUUCCACCAGAUCGGAGCCACCACUGAAAAGGCCCUGUAACUGCCUCCCAGCCCAGCAUCCCCUCUCCCUCCUCUUGAGGAGUUUUGCAGGGGGCGGUGGGUGGGUGAUUUUCCUCAAAGCAGCCCCAUGGACCUGUCCUGAUCGCGGGGGAAGCCCUCUUGUUCCCGUGGCUGAGCUUUGCCGUUUCCACCGCAGGUCUCGGUAGACAAGCUGGUGGGGCUGUUGGCAUUCCAGGAGCAUUUCAACUCCACCACGUUCCACAAGUUGGUUUCGUACCGGCAAGCCAUCCUUCACGUCUUGGAGGUAAGGGGCAGGCAGAGAGACGGGGAGCCUGGCUAGCAGGGCCUGGCGCGAGGAGGGAGCCGCGGGAAUAACCUUACAAUACACCUUUCUCAAGGAAAAAGUGGGAGGGUCCUGGUCUCCACCUUUCUUCAAUGGACCUCCUGUCCGUCUUCUAAGGAUGAGGGUAAAAGCAUCCUGAAGGUCUGUGGUGUAGCUGUUAUUCCUGAAUUGCCUAGGGUGGGACUAGAACUGUGGUUCCCAACGUGGGGCACACGCCCCACAGCGGGUCAAUUUGAUUUUUAAGGGGGGCAAUUCGAGAAUGAGUUAUUAACAGUUAAUGGCCUUUUAGGCUUCCUCCACGUAAAUAGGAGCUCACUUUUUGAAUAAUAAGUACCGCUCCGGCGGGAAGGUAAACAGCAUUUCCAUGCACUGCUCUGGUUCGUCAGAAGCGGCUUAGUCAUGCUGGCCACAUGACCUGGAAGCUGUACGCCGGCUCCCUCAGCCAGUAAAGCAAGAUGAGCGCUGCAACCCCAGAGUUGGCCACAACUGGACCUAAUGGUCAGGGGUCCCUUUACCUUUACAGCGUAUUUACAACCAGUUUAUUCAGCAUACAACAGGACAAAGGGGGGAAAAACAUGUCUUCUCCCUUUCAUGUCCAAGCAAGAAGCAUAAAGCAAAAGCUAUACACAAACAGAAGUUCCCAGCAAGCUGUGCUGGAAUGUAAACAGAUACAGUGGUACCUCAGGUUACAUACGCUUCAGGUUACAGACUCCGCUAACCCAGAAAUAGUGCUUCAGGUUAAGAACUUUGCUUCUGGAUGAGAACAGAAAUCGUGCUCCGGCGGCUCGGUGGCAGCAGGAGGCCCCAUUAGCUAAAGUGGAACAGUUUCAGGUUAAGAACGGACCUCUGGAACAAAUUAAGUACUUAACCUGAGGUACCACUGUAUGUGAUAUAGCACAGCUCCACACAUCUGUUUAGGUGGAACGGAACAUCAGUAUCCUAGCAGGAACAGCCCAGGACUUCCACACACACUAGCCAGGCUUGUGCCCUGAAGAGGCCACUUCAGUAUUGCUGACACCCCCGGAGGUACACUCCAUUGUCUCCCGAGACAGACCGAUGCCGACCAACAUUUUUGGGUAGCCUGGGCCCAGGGCAUAUGGGACUUUAUAGGUCCUAACCUAUAUCAGGUAGGAGCUGCAAGGAGCCUUGCACAUCCCGCUCUGCUGUGAAGCAGCCGGGGCGGGAAUUUAGGCAGCACAAUCCAGAAUGCCCACCUGCUCUGCGACACCUUCGUAAGGCCUCCUCCUCUUCCUCCUGGCAGGUGGCAAGCAGCCGAGCGGGCAAGUCGUUCUCGAGUGCUCCAGGGGAUUCUCUCGAAGACAAGCUGAAGCCCAUGGUGGAAUGGGCCAUGAGUGGCUUCAAGCCCACCGGAGGGAAAGGACUGAAGCCCCCCAAGACCUCAGGUAAGGAGCUAGCCGGGGGGGCUUGGGCGAGGAAAUCCAGCAAGGAGGGCAGUGGGAGCCCGGUCCCUCGGAGAGCUGUUAUACACCUGCCCCUUUUCCCUUAUGGGGUGUCCAAGAGCCCAUAUAGAGUCCUUACGUGGGUUUCCUCUUGGUAGGAGGAAAUAACAGAGGCCAACCAGAGAAUAUUGAGAAGCAAAGCAGCUAGUAAGCCUGAUCUUUAUUGAUCUGUUGCAACAGGGUCCUCACUCACCACCUCCAGAUACAUCAUACCUACAUCACAGAAAGGGUGGUCUACAGCAGAAAUCUGAGUGCUUUGUUUACCUCCUGUCUGCCAGGUUACCUGUUUAAUGGUCACUUGAUUGGAUUGCCUGGGGAGCCUGGCCAGUCUUUUGUAAUGAUAAAUACUUAGUUCCUGAGCCAGGUCACAGGCUCACCCUAUUCAAACAAAGACAUACCCUUAAGACAGGAUUUGUGAAGGAAAAGAUAAUGGGGAGGCUUUUCCAUUUUCCUUUGACCUUGCAGAGAAAACAUUUGGUCAUUUUGGGACAGUUUGGGAAUCAAAAAUGGUUUCAGGUCGGUCUUCCUGUGCUGAUCUAUGUACAUGCUUGGUUGGUACAUUUAUUAUAUAUCUAAGACCUUAAAAUUCUUAUCACAUUGUGGCCUGCUGCCUACACACAAAUUCUCCUGAUUCGUCCACAGUGCAGAAUUAUGGGGUUCACAGCUUGAAUAUUUAACAGGGAACCUGACCGUCUUGUCUUCACCAUAGGCAUGCUUGUGCUGGACAUUCCUACUAGCUUUCCCUGUGCAGGAUGCAAUCUUUGGAGAAGGCCUCUGUGGCUCCUUGUGGGGAUGGCGAACCCCACAAUCCAGGACCCCCAACCUGCCCGCAAAUCAUUCCCCUUUCCCCUUUCUGCCUGCCAAAGAAGAUGUCCGUCCCAACUAAAACCAGCUGUUCUUUCUGUGCAGACAGCAGUCUCCUCAGCCAGAGAAGCUCUGAAGAAUCUGCCGCUCCCGAACUGCCUUCCCCUGAACCUGCCCCACCGGCUAAGCGGCUCAAGACUAACAUCUGCAAUGGGAGCAACAAGGAGCAGGCGGAGGAGAACCAGAGCAGAGGUAGGAUUGGGGCCGGAUUGGGGUUGGGGUGUGUGGAGGGAGGGAGGGAGAGGCACCUGCAGAGGUACAAUUUUAAUGAAACAACAACAACAACCCUUACUGCACAUAAUAAAAGUCCCUGACAUGCUAGUGUUCUAUGUGCAGGGAGGUUUUUUUUAUAAAAAAGAAUUACUGUAUUUUUUGCUCUAUAAGACUCACUUUUUCCCUCCUAAAAAGUAAGGGGAAAUGUGUGUGCGUCUUAUGGAGCGAAUGCAGGCUGCACAGCUAUCCCAGACGCCAGAACAGCAAGAGGGAUUGCUGCUUUCCCUGCGCAGUGAUCCCUCUUGCUGUUCUGGCUUCUGAGAUUCAGAAUAUUUUUUUCUUGUUUUCCUCCUCCAAAAACUAGGUGCGUCUUGUGGUCUGGUGCGUCUUAUAGAGCGAAAAAUACGGUAUUUCAUAAAUUUUAUAUAUCACUUGAUUGCAGAGAAACAAACAAACUCAUAGUGGUUUACAAAACGAAUACAACAAAAGUAAAUACAGCAUUCAGAUCAUAAUUACAAUAAGUGAUAAACUGGAAGCAGAUUAGAGCAGAUGUCAGUGUUCUGCAUAUCUGGGUCAGAGUGUCUAAACAAAGUUUUUAGUAGGUGUCGAAAUAGUACCACGCAGGUUCCUGCCUGAUGUCAGUAGGCAGGGAUAUGGAGUGCGUAUGUGCCAUUUAAUCCUAUGGAACAUAGAAAGCUGGCUCUUCAUACAACUCUGAAACUCUUGCCGCCUGUGGGUUUGUGUCCUGGCCCCUCCGAGGGGAGGCACUCCACUCACUAACUCGUCGUUGCCUCUUUCUUUCCAGAGUCGAUGGCUUCUGAAGUCAGGCACAACAAGAAGAGCUUGGAAGGUAAAGAGCAUUUUCAGCAUCAAAACCUGGCCUGAUUCAGGCCCAGAGGACCACCCUUCGCCUGCAGAUACUCCCUGUCAAUAGACAGUGUUAUGUACUGAAGUUCUCACCCUGGGCCAGCAGGGGGAUACUGUAGAUAGUCCAGGUCUACAUAUGCAAAUAAGGAAUUGAAAGUGAUGUUUAGUGAUUGGAUAGUUACAGAAAAUGGUUACUGUUGUGUUCCAGUGGAGCUCUAUAUAAGCAGGCUGGCUGAACCCUUCAGUUCAGUUCUGUUCUGGCCUAUGAAUAAACAAGAGCUGUUUGAAGAAUCGCUGUGUCGUCUGAUAUGCUCAACUACAACUUAACAGACAGGGCAGAUUUGAGACUCGCCCAUGUAGUUGUGGAUGUGUCAGUAGCAGAUGGAAAGGGAUAAUAUUCAGGUUGCUGAUGCUGACCACACAGCGUGUAGGUAAACUGGAAGCAGGGAUGGCCACCAACCUGGAAGACUUGAAAAGAGGGUUGGAGAAAUUCAUGGAAGAGGAAGGAUCAUCUACCUUGAGUUGCCCAUGAGAAUAGGGUUGCCAUAUUUCAAAAAGCAAAGAUCUGGACGCAAAGUUGUUGAGCUUUUUGUUUUUGAGCUACUUCGCCAACAUGGGAUUUUCCUGGACAUUUUUAGUGAUUUCGGUCUGGACACUGUUACCCAGUGCCAUAUUCUGGUUAUGUCAGGGAAAUUCCAGACGUAUGGCAACCCUACACGAAAAACAAGUCUAGAGUCGGAGCCUAGGAGAUGUCCUCUGUUCCAGGAACUCUUCCCAUUGUGAGACUUUUGUGGGUGAGAGGAGGCUGAGUGGGAUGGGUGAAUUGAUAUUGGAAAAUGAAUUGAUAAUCGAUUUAUAUAUGUUACUAACUUUGUAUCAAUGCCAUGUUGUUAUACGUAACUGUAUUUUGUAAUAUUUUAUUUAGAAUCAUAGAACUGUGGAGUCGGAAGGGCUGCUGUUGCCACAGUUCUCUGCACUCUAUUUAGAGAUAUUUUUAACAUAUUAAGCAGUAUAGAAAUCAAUCAAUCAAUCAAUCAAUCAAUCAAUCAAUGCUGUGUGAAACUGUUGGCCCCUCUAGCUCACUGCUCUCUACCAGGAUUGGUAGAAUCUCUCUAGACUGAACGCUGGCACCAUUUUGCCUUAUGUCAGAUGCACUCUAAGGAGUGCUUAUUAAAACUCUACUGACCUGUCCUUCACUCGUUGAACAGACAGCUGCUUGUCGUGUGGGAAGAAGAAUCCGGUGACCACCCACCCCCUGUUCGAAGGGGGCCUCUGUGAGACUUGCCAGGUGAGCGUCCAGGUGAUUUGGGGGUUUUUUCCCCUCCAAACCGUUUCAUGCAUGGCCAUUGCCCUACUUAACAACACGGGACCAGUUUACCUGCGAGAUCGCCUUACCCCACGGAAGCCGCUUUAAUUUGCGGAACUGGCACUGUUCUACAUCUGUAAGAAGUCAUAGAGACAUAGGAUUGUCCAGCCCCCUACAAUGCAGGAAUCUCAACUACAGCAUCCAUGACAGAUGGCCACCUGACCUCUGCUUAAAAACUCCCAAUGAAGGGGAGUCCACCACAGUCUGAGGGGACUUCUGUUAGUUUCCUUGUCGCUUCGUUCUUAAUUUGUGCAUUUGUAAGAGCUGAUCUCCACUGAUACCAUAAUAGCCAUGAAAUUUGAUUGUUCUCUAAAAGGACUUUCAUUUUUGCUGCUGUAAGAAGUUGUCCUUUCCUAUAAUAAUCUUUCAAAUAUAAAUGGUGUCCUUGCAACAUUCACAUUAUAUAAUCUGUUUUUAUUUUGAAAUAGAGGACGAUGCUGUAUUGGAAUUAUAGGUGGCAGUCCUGGAGCUAAAACUUUUGCCCGUUUUUUUUUUACCAUAUUCUAAAUCAUGCGUGUGAACAGUGGUACCUUGGCUGUCAAACGGCUUGGCUCCUGAACAAAUUGGUUCCCGAAUGCCACAAACCCGGAAGUAAGUGUUCCGGUUUGUGAACACUUUUCAGAAGCCGUACGUCCAAUGCAGCUUCCGCUUGAGUGCACGCCUUGGUUUUUGAAUGGUUUCAGGAGUCAAACGGACUUCAGGAAUGGAUUAAGUUUGAGAACCACGGUACCACUGCAUUGGGAUUUGUAAACUUAACUCAAUAAUCAAAGCUUAUUUUUCAUUAAAGCUAAUACCCUUAUAGGAUCACCAUCAAUUUCUAUAUUCUCCAGUGUUGACUACUGCAUUCUCUUACUGGAUGGCUGAGUUGGCUUGCUUCACAAUAGCUACUUAAAUUUGGUAUGUCCCAACCGCCGAAUAAAUAUUUUUUAAUAUGUGAUUGGUCCAAUUGAAAUAUUAACUUUUUUUUUAAAAAAAAUCUGCCAUUGUUUUAAUUGUUUUCACUAUCCUUUUAUUCUUUUUGUUAAACCGCUUUGAGUUUUUUUGUACAACCAAGCAGGAUGUACAUUUUGCUAAAUAAAAAAAUACUGCAGAUGUCCCCAGCCUUGCCCCUUCCAGAUUGUUCAGACUGCAGUUCCCAUCAGCCUCAGCUGUAGUCCGAAAAAUGUGGACGGGGCCAGGCUGGGGGUGGCUGGACUUAUCUGCGGCUUCUGAUACUUAGUUUGGGGCUAGGGACACCCAGGAAAUCGGAAACUGUUUAAAUCUGCCAUGGAUCUCUUUUCCUUGCAGGUUCAGUUCCUAGAAUUUUUCUACAUGUACGAUGAAGACGGGUACCAGGCUUACUGCAGCAUUUGUUGUGCGGGGAACGAGCUGCUUCUCUGCGACAAUGCCAACUGCUUCAGGUGAGAGACCUCACCUGUCUCAAGAAUCUAAACUACAGCAUCCAUGACAGAACCCUUGGAACCAAACUCCUGAGCUAGCUGCGAUUGUAUUGCUGAUCAGAAGGUCGGUGGUUCAAAUCUCCGUGACGGGGUGAACUCCCUUUGCUCGGUCCCAGCUCCUGCCAACCAAGCAGUUUGAAAGCACACCAGUGCAAGUAGAUAAAUAGGUACUGCUCCAGCGGGAAGGUAAACAAUGUUUCCGUGCUCUCUGGUUUCUGUCAUGGUGUUCUGUUGUGCCAGAUACGGUUUAGUCCUGCUGGCCACAUGACCUGGAAAAAGCUGUCUGCGGACAAACGCCAGCUCCCUUGGCUUGAAAGUGAGAUGAGUGCUGCACCCCAUAGUCGCCUUUGACUGGACUUAACUGUCCAGGGGUUCUUUACCUUUACUCCACCCGCAUCGUUCUGCCAGGACGCUGAGGUCUAGUGCUGAGAAGCAAAGCUACAGGGAACCAGGCAGAGGUCCUUCUCAGUAGUGGCGCCCUCUGAUCAGAUGUCAAAGAGAUAAACAACUAUCUUACAUUCAGAAGACAUCUGAAGGCAGCCCUGUUCAGGGAAGUUUUUAGUGUGUGACAUUUUAAUGUAUUUUUAAUCUUUGUUGGAAGCCACCCAAAGUGGCUGGGGAAACCCAGCCAGAUGGGCGGGCUACAAAUAAUAAAUUAUUAUUAUUAUUAUUACUACUACUAAUGCACACUAUAUGGAAGAAAAUGCCUCAGAUACCCCCUUUUUUGCUGUACAUGCAGAACUCUCCUUGUGCUUUAUCUGGAGUUGUUUUUCUUUGUAGCAUUCGGCCGUUAGGUUCUCCUUUAAUUGGUUCCUUCCAGUUUUGUGGUCAGGCCGCACUCUUGCAUAGUAAUACCGGCUUUACUGAGAAUGCAUUUUGCAGAAUUUCUACCUCUUGGCCGUGGAGGAACAGAGGAGCUGCCCAGCCUUACGGACACCCCCCAUUCCUCUUCCCUUGUUUCGUGCAGGUGCUUCUGUGUGGACUGCCUGAACCUGCUAGUGGGUCGCGGGGCGGCCGAUGCAGCCAGGAAGGAGGACCCCUGGAGCUGCUACAUGUGCCAGCCGCAAGAGCGUCACGGGAUGCUUCAGAGGAGGGGCGACUGGAACACCCGCCUGAAGGAGUUCUUCACAGACGAGAAGGGGCUUGAAUACGUAAGGAAACAGGGGUGUUGUUAAAGGGGGGCAGCGUAGCCCACCUGCCCUAAAGUAGAAUUAUAGAAUUGUAGAGAUGCUCUGAUGUUCGGAUCCUGCUUUUUGGCUUCCCAUUGAAACAUCUGGCUGCUGCCUGUGAGAACAGGAUGCACUCCUGUUAUACAAAAAUCUCAAAAUGGGUCUGAAUUUCAAUGUCUAAAACUCCUGGUAGAGGACGAGGAUCCAGACAUCACGCUAAGGGUGGCCAAAUUCUGUGCGAGUGCCAUAAAACUUAGGGAAUAAACUGUACUACCAAAAUGAUUAAGGUUUUAAAUGACAAUUUUAGGUUGUAUUUUAGUGAUUGAGAUUUAAUAUAUUUUUUUAACCGCCGCUAUAUCUGAAUUGUCUCUAUUAUACCCAAUUGCAAUUCAAUGUAUUUCUGUUGUGUUUUAUGAUUUUCCUGAUAUUGUAAGUGACCCGGAACUGGUCUGUGACCGUAAUAAUAAAAUUCUAUUCUGAGAACAGGAUGCCGGACUAGAUGGGCCAUUGGCCUGAUCCUGCAGGCUAUUGUUACGCUACAUUCUUAUGUCCAGUUGGUGAUGUGAAACUUGUGCAUUUAAUUUUCUUAAUGGAUAGGAUUCACACUUCUUUCAUGUGGUGGUGCCAUUUCCUUCUCUCUCUCCCUCCCCGUCUCUUCUCACAGGAGCCACCAAAAAUCUACCCUGCCAUCCCAGCGGCAAACAGGAGGCCAAUCAGAGUGCUGUCUCUCUUUGAUGGAAUUGCAACAGGUGAGAGACCCCCCAAGCACUUCAACGAACUCUGAUGUCUGAGAAUCAUAGAAGUAUUUCUCGCACCCUGCCCAUCUGACAGGGUUGCCCCAGCCACACAACGAAACAUCCAAAGGGCCACACACCAAUAUGCUAGAAGCUGGGUUCAAAUCACAGGUUUGCUAGGGCAGUGAGUAGGUCAUUUAGCUGAUGGGCAGGUCCAUCAUUCACUGUGUCAAUCUCACCAGGCCACAGAGAGGUUAGGCUGGCCUCAACUAGAGCCAGGGCUUUCUCGGCAGCGGCUCCAAUCUGGUGGAACGCUCUGUCCCAAGAGACCAGGGCCCUGCGGGACCUGACAUCUUUCCGCAGGGCCUGCAAGACAGAGUUGUUCCACCAGGCCUUUGGUCAGGGCACAGCCUGACUCCCUCCUCUGGCAACCUGCACAGAAUUUUGCUUAACGAUUGCCAUUCAUUUGAUUUUAAUUAAUUUUUAUAAUGAAAUGUUUUUAGAAUGUUGGAUUAUUUGAUUGUUUGAUUAUUUGAUUGCUGUUAGCUGCCCUGAGCCCAGCUUCGGCUGGGGAGGGCAGGAUAUAAAUAAAAUUAUUAUUAUUAUUAUUAUUAUUAUUAUUAUUAUUAUUGUUGUUGUUGUUAUUGUUAUUAUUAUUAAUAACGCAUUAUGAAUGUUAAAAGUAGGACGUCAUGUGUCCAUGCAGGACUAAUCUAUACUGGCGCCUUAUAACGUUAUAAAUGCGUUAUAAAAGUGUGACACCGGGGUGCUGUACAUCAGUCAAUGGAAAAUUACGUUGAGAGCUUUACAACUUCUUUUUCUUAGCGUUUUUUUUUUAGAUCAGUGGAGAUCCAGCCAUAGUUAUCAAAACCAUUCCUUAAGGUUAAAAACCACGAGUGUAUCUCCGCCCCCUGUGCAGAUAACGCCCUGGUGGUCCUGCGCUGGGCACAGGCUUUAGCAUAGUAAUGGCACUGUGAAAAAUGUUCGUUGAUAACCCUUGAGAAAAAAUGCUGCUCUGCCUUGCUAGGUCAUAGUGAGGAUGGACGAGAACAGCCAUCAUCACCGCUAAAGGACAGCUCAUCCCACAGUGGUGGUCGAGCCUGUACCCUCCUUCCUUAAGGCCAGUCUGGUUCAUUUGACCCCAUGUCUAUCUCUGUCCAUCUCCCUUCCCCUGUCCUGCAUCUUCCAGGCUGUCCCAUGACAUUCGUGAUUUGUUUUGGUCCCACCACCGAUCUUUUGUUGGCAGUGUUGUUCCUCAUCAAACGAUGUUGCGCAUGCAUGACUUUGUGUGUGUGUGUGUGUGUGAACAAAACGUGCACUGGGAAAUUGUCAUUCUCCAUGCCACAGUAGCAGCCAGAGCAUGCGCAUCAACACUGCAGCUCCUGAGAGUCUCUUGUUUCUGUCGGGAUGUGGACACCCUGCGCAUCUUUGCUCCCACAGUUGGAGCUGUUUGCCAGGGAAUCACGAGAGAUCUCAAGGGCCACCUCUCCCAUCUCCUCACCCGUGGUGCUUUGACUCUUUAGGCUACCUCGUCCUGCGGGAUCUUGGCAUCCAGGUGGAGAAGUACGUCGCCUCUGAGAUCUGCGAGGAGUCCAUAGCUGUGGGAACUGUGCGGCACGAAGGGAGCAUCAAAUACGUGCAUGACGUCAGGAACAUAACCAAGAAAAAUGUAAGGAGAUUCCCUGUGGUCUAGUUGAGGCUUCUUGGCUGAGGCGGCUGGCUGGUUGUAUUGGAAGCCGGGUCAAAAUGUUUGUUAUUAUUUAUUAAAUUUAUAUACUGCCUUUCAUAAAGAGACCAUACGGUGGUCUACAACAUAAAACAUCAAGUACAUAAUAUAAUAAUAGCACAAGGGGGGAAAAGACAAAUACCUCCCCACUCCACUUUAAAAGGUCAUCUUUUUUUAAUUAGCCAAAGGUUUUGGAGAAGACAAAUGCUUUUGCCUGGCACCUAAAGAUGUGUAACCCAGGUGCCAAGCAAACCUAAUUGGGGAGAGCAUCUCACAAAUGGAGAGCCCCUGCAGAAAAGGUCUGUUCCUGUACUGCCAGCAUCUGGACCUCACGCAUAGCUGUCAAUGUUUUCCCUUUUUUAAGGGAAAUUCCCUUAUUCCGAAUAGGAUUCCUCGCAAGAAAAGGGAAAAGUUGACAGCUAUGAUCUCACGUGGAUGAGACACACAAAGAAAAGCCUCAGAUAAUACAUUUAUUUAUUGAAAAGAAUUGAUAUAGUGCUUGAUUGUGGUUUAAAAGAUGUUUAUUUUAUUAUAAAUAACCACGGUGAGAAGAGGAUGCUGGGCUCCUUUGGGCCUGAUCCAGCUGUCUGACUCUUCUGGGGUCUUCUGCGAUGUGGUCAUUUUGUGCAGGGUCAGGUUUAGGUUUGAUGAGGCCCUAAGCUACUGAAGGUAAUGGGGCCCUUUAUUUGUCCAGCUGUCCUUUGUCAACAACAAAUUAUCACUGUUUUUUCGUGUUGAAUAUAUGCUAUAUGGUGAUUUAUGGACCUAGUAGGUAUCUAAAGCCAUUUGUACAUCCAAGUAAUUGUUGAACUGAAAUACAAUUAAGACGAAGUCUAUUAAAAGUGAAAUAAUUAUUAAGCUCUAGCAUAAAAUGAUUGGGGGCCCAUUACUUACAUCAUAGGAGCCUACACAACCCAAAACACUGUUGCUGUAUGUAGGUUUUAUUUUAUUUGUUUUCUAUCUUAUAUUUUGGAAAUGCACACCCAGUUCCCCCCCCCUUUAAUUUUUUUGGGGGGCCGCAAGAGAGUGGGGCCCUAAGCUAUAAUAGUAGUAGUAGUAGUAGUAGUAAUAGUAAUACAAAUAAAUUACUUAUACCCCGCCCAUCUGGCUGGGUUUCCCCAGCCGCUCUGGGCGGCUUCCAACAAAAUAUUAAAAUACAAUAGUCUAUUAAACAUUAAAAGCUUCCCUAAACGUCCCUAUAGCUUGUUUAGCUUAUACGUAAAUCCGGCGCUGAUUUUGUGAAGCCCCAGAAGCCUGGGAUUUACAAACCGGACAGGCAACAUGACUUUGCACUUGACCUUGCAAAACCCAUUGCUCUGCUUGCCCGUUGCAGAUUGACGAAUGGGGCCCUUUUGACCUGGUGAUUGGCGGAAGCCCCUGCAACGACCUCUCCAUCGUGAACCCUGCCAGGAAGGGCCUGUAUGGUAAGCAGCCCUUGCAAGGAUGGGGACUCUCAGCUUGGCUCCUCAACCCAGAAGUUAUGUUUUUUUUUUUUAAAUGUCCUACAUUCCUUUGACCCACCCGUCUUCCUCCUUGCAGAGGGGACCGGACGACUCUUCUUUGAGUUCUACCACCUUCUCAAUUACACGCGCCCCAAAGCCGGGGAGGAGCGCCCCUUCUUUUGGCUGUUUGAGAACGUCGUGGCCAUGCGCAUCAACGACAAGAGGGACAUCUCUCGUUUCUUGGAGGUAAAGGCCUGGGGGUUCAGUUUUUUCCUCAAGGGCAAGAAGCUUAUGAAAAACAAAAAACAAAAGGAAAAAAUUAGAGGAUGACUGAGAAUGCCCUUGACCUCUGCAAAAUGUGUUUGCAAUUAUUUAAUUGAAGGCAUGGAUCCUGCUUUCGCAUGGGUGGGUUCUAAUAGGGGCAGACUAGAAGGUAGAACCGGGACGCGGGUGGCGCUGUGGGUUAAACCACAGAGCCUAGGACUUGCCGAUCAGAAGGUCGGUGGUUCGAAUCCCCGCGGCGGGGUGAGCUCCCAUUGCUCGGUCCCUGCUCCUGCCAACCUAGCAGUUUGAAAGCACAUCAAAGUUGCAAGUAGAUAAAUAGGUACUGCUCCAGUGGGAAGGGAAACGGCGUUUCCGUGCGCUGCUCUGGUUCGCCAGAAGCGGCUCAGUCAUGCUGGCCACAUACCUGGAAGCUGUGCGCCGGCUCCCUUGGCCAAGAAAGCGAGAUGAGUGCCGCAACCCCAGAGUCGGUCACGACUGGCCCUAAUGGUCAGGGGUCCCUUUACCUUUACCUUAGAAGAUAGAACAAGGCUUUUGGGGUGUUAAGUGAAUGCCCAUUAGCGGGAUGCCCUGUUGUGUAAGGCCUUCCUGUGCCCGUGUUUCAUCCAAAUCCCUUUAAAUGAUCUUAGUUGUACUGUCCACCUCUUUUCCAUUUCCCUUUUCAUAAUUGGUGCCCCUGCACUUAAGGACCUUGCUCAGCCCCUUUGCGGGGCCUCGCUCUGAUGACCGUGCAGCGGACUGUUCACAAUUGGCGUACAACCGAUUCUAGGAACCCAUCUACUGUAUUUUUUCCGUGUAUAAAGAUAAAGGUAAAGGGACCCCUGACCAUUAGGUCCAGUUGUGGCCGACUCUGGGGUUGCGGCGCUCAUCUCGCCCUUCAUCCGAAGAUCACAGGCCAUUCACAGCAUAGUACUAGAAUUAGUACUAUUGUUGUCAUCGCUGCUACUACUAUCCUAAACAUGGCAGCGCAUGAGGCAGCCUGUAAUUCAUCUUUCUGACUUUUGGAGUUGCUUCUUUUCCCCAAGCUGCACCUAAUCCUGCUGUCAAAGGAAUUGUGAAAUAGUCCUUCUGCCGCGUCGUCUCUAACUGCCCUCCCUUUUUGUCUUCAGUGUAACCCUAUUAUGAUUGAUGCCGUCAAAGUCUCGGCUGCACACCGGGCCCGGUACUUCUGGGGGAAUCUUCCUGGGAUGAACAGGUAAUGUAGAAGCACCUCUAUGGGCCACGCCAUGGACCCGCGAUCCCUUCCCAAGAGGCAGCAAAGUCAAGCUGCAAUCCUUGGCCAAAGGGGGCCCAUUGGCCCAGCGCUCUGUUCUCAUAGUGGCCAGCCAGUUGCCCCCAAGGGAAGCACACAAGCAGGAUUUGAACACAAGAGCAACUCUUUCCUCCUGUCGUUUCCAGCAACACGGAUUCAGAAGCAUUAGUGCCUCUGACCGUGGGAGCAGAACAUCGCCACCCUGGCUAGUAGCCGCCGAUAGCCCUCUCCUCCUCCUCGAAUUUGUCCAAUCCUCAUUGAAAGCCAUUUAAUUUGGUGGCGAUCACUGCUCCUUGUGGGAGGGAGCUCCAUAGUUUAAGUCUUGCACUGUAUAAUAAUAAUAAUAAUAAUAAUAAUAAUAAUAAUAAUUUUUAUUUAUACCCCGCCCUUCCCGGUUCACAAACCGGGCUCAGGGCGGCUAACAACAAAUUCAAAACACUUAAUUGAUGCAACGAGAAACAGCAUAAAAUACAGUAUAAAAUGUGAAUAGCAAUAAAUUCAGAAUUCAAAAAUCAAUUUAAGGGGAAAAUCCAUCCAAUAAACAUUAUAUGAUCACCAGGGCUAGCUGGCUAAAUUAGUCCUACUUGGGCCAGUGAGGAGGCCAGGGGAGAAUUAGCUGUGGGGUCUCAGAGUGGGUGAUCUUCAUAAAAGGGGAGGGGAAGGGAAGAGAAGGGAAAUAAAAGAUCAGGCUGAAUUCAAAUUAAAGGCCAGGCGGAAUAGCUCUGUCUUACAGGCCCUGCGGAAGGAGGUGAAAUUCUGCAGGGCCCUGGUCUCAUGGGACAGAGCAUUCCACCAGGUCGGAGCCAUCACUGAGAAGCCCCUGGCCCUGGUGGAGGAUAGUCUGACUUCCUUAGGGGCCAGGACCUCUAAACUAUGAUUAUGGACCUUAAGGUCCUCUGCAGGGGCAGACCAGGAGAGGCGGUCCCGCAAAUACGAGGGCCCUAAGCCACAAAGGGCUUUAAAGGUCAAAACCAGCACCUUGAACCUGACCCGAUACUCCACUGGGAGCCAGUGCGGAAGAACUUCUUUUUCUCUGUCCCAAAUAUUCCAUUGCUCAGCUUCAUCGGAUGUCCACAAACUCUAGUGUGAUGAGGGAGAAAAACAUCCCUCUCCCAGGUUCCCCAAACCUGGGUCUUCAGCUGUUUUUGGACUACAACUCCCCUCAUCCCUAGCUAGCAGGACCGGUGGUCAGGGAUGAUGGGAACUGUAGUCCAAAAAAAAGCCGAAGACCCAAGUUUGGGAAAUCCCGUAUGCUAUGCGUCAUUUUAUAAAUUCUGCCCUGUUGCCUCUUACUUGCCUUUUCUGUAAACUAAAAAUUCCCAAAUGCUGCAAUCUUUGUAGUUGAUUCGCUCCAUGCCCUUGAUCAUUUCGGGAGCCCUCUUCUGAACCUUUCCAAACAUUACAACAACCACAACAUGCGCUCAGCAACAUAUAGAGGGCCAAAGUUCCCCCACAUUGCUCUAAAAUUAUGAGCUUGGAGGACAAUGGGGCAGUGGCUUAGAGAGUAAUUCGCUUUGUCUUUUCUUAGGCCCCUGGUAGCUUCGAUGACGGAUAAACUUGAACUUCAGGACUGCUUGGAGUAUGGCAGAACAGCCAAGGUACUUUUGGUACUUUCCCGAUUUCAAGUACCGUAUUUUUCGCUCUAUAAGACGCACCAGACCACAAGGCGCACCUAGUUUUUGGAGGAGGAAAACAAGAAAAAAAAUAUUCUGAAUCUCAGAAGCCAGAACAGCAAGAGGGAUCACUGCGCAGUGAAAGCAGCGAUCCCUCUUGCUGUUCUGGCUUCUGGGAUAGCCGCGCAGCCUGCAUUUGCUCCAUAAGACGUACACACAUUUCCCCUUACUUUUUAGGAGGGAAAAAGUGAGUCUUAUAGAGCAAAAAAUACAGUAGUUCCUCCAUUCUUAUUCACCCCCCUCCAUUCUUAUGAAUGAUCCAGGGGGGAAGAAAGGUAACGACAACCUUUGCCAACCCAGUGACCUCCAGAUGUUGUUGGCCAGAAGGUCCAGGUUGGCAAAGGGCUGGGCUAUGGAAUGCCCCCUGGGUCUCUCGUCCUGCAAAUCACGUCCCACAUUGCCUGUAUUAUAUCUCUAGUGGACCCUGGGGUGCUCCUCUUUCCUGUUGCCCUCCCCCCCCUCUCACCCAUGUGAGGCUCUUUAUGCCGAACGAAACAGCGAGACACUCUCCCUUCUGUCUCUCCCCUUCUCUACUUGUGAGCAAGGAACCCAGACAUUCCACAGAUAUGACAAAAUGAAGCCCAAAAUGGAUCUCUCAGUUGGAGGGGGCGGAUGCGCCGUUAAGGGGACAUUGUCCCCUCUGAGGAAGAGAUGCAAAGACCCUCUUUCGCAUUCCUGAGGGCCCGGCAGUGACCUCCCAGCGGCUGCUUUUCAUCUGGAUAUUUUUAGCUGUCUUCUGGGCAAAAUACCUCCCCCCCCCCCGCCACUUGAAGGCAUACCAGUGACAUCUGAGUGCAUUUCUGGCUGAUGGAUGAGAAGCCUAAAAUCACUGGACAGAGCCAGCCUCGCUCCCUUCCUCUGCUGAACGGCAUUAAUACUACCACUUUCUGGAAACCUUCACACUGAGCGCUUGUAUUUUGGGGGGGGUGUGGUCAUUUGUAGGGACGCGGGUGGCGCUGUGGGUUAAACCACAGAGCCUUGGACUUGCCGAUCAGAAGGUUGGCGGUUCGAAUCCCUGCCACGGGGUGAGCUCCCGUUGCUCGGUCCUUGCUCCUGCCAACCUAGCAGUUCGAAAGCGCGUCAAAGUGCAAGUAGAUAAAUAGGUACUCUUCCAGUAGGAAGGUAAACGGCGUUUCCGUGCGCUGCUCUGGUUUGCCAGAAGCGGCUUCGUCAUGCUGGCCACAUGACCCGGAAGCUGUACGCCGGCUCUCUCGGCCAAUAAAGCGAGAUGAGCGCCGCAACCCCAGAGUCAGCCAUGACUGGACCUAACGGUCAGGGGUCCUUUAGGGUGGUCAUUUGUGUGUGUGUGUUUUAAAAAUGUUUGCUUUUCUUCUCUUUCAGUUGAAAAAGGUCCAGACCAUUACCACAAAGUCUAAUUCCAUCAGGCAGGGGAAAGCCCAGACUUUCCCAGUGCGGAUGAAUGGCAAGGACGACAAUUUGUGGUGCACUGAAUUGGAAAGGUGGGAUACAAGGGGGGUGGGGUGGGAUAAUGGCGUGGGGGGGGGAGGGAGAGAUGAAAGGAAACAGGCAGGGGCUGCCCAGUAAAUGCUUUUCUUCAGAGCAGUUGGGGCUUCAGCCUCUCUUCAAGAGGAGCAAAUAUUUGUUUUCCUGCAAAGGGGUGCAUGUUAAAGAUUAUUUGUCAUGGAGUCGUUACUUCUACCACUCUUUUCAAUUCUUACGAUUUGUUCCUCUUGUUAUUCAUUAUUAGACUUAUCAGUUGCAUGUUACCUAAGUAGGUCUCCAAGUGACUUACCUUUGGAAACACAAAUGUAAAUGCACUACACCACAGGGGGGAAAAUGAGGCAAAACAAUUUAAUUCAUUUGAGAAUAAUAUUUAUCUAUGCCUUGGCAUCAUAAUCACAGUAGUUUAAAAUUAUAUAAAACCAUACAGUAAAAUCAUAAAUGUUAAAAGCAAGUUAUAACCAAAAGAAUUAAAAAGAAACAUCAGUGGACCGGUGUGGGGUAUGGGUGUAUUCUUAAUUGCCUGACUAAUAAUAAUAAUACCCCACCCAUCUGGCUGGGUUGUCCCAGCCACUCUGCAUAGGCCUGGCAGAAUAAUAAUAAUAAUAAUUUUUUUUUUUAUUUAUAUCCCGCCCUCCCCAGCCGAAGCCGGGCUCAGGGCGGUUAACAACAAUCAAAUAAUCCAACAAUCAAAUAAUCCAACAUUCUAAAAACAUUUCAUUAUAAAAAUUAAAAUCAAAUUAAUGGCAUAAUAGAAUAGAAUAGAAUAGAAUAGAAUAGAAUAGAAUAGAAAAGUUUUCAGCAAUUCAAGGCUCUGGUUUCCCCUCUAAUGGCUUUAAUGGCUUGAGACCUCAAUACAUUUCCUCAUGUGAACCUGCCCAGACCCUGGAAUCAUCACCAUACGCGGAGACCCUUCUCUGCACGUCACAUCCAAAGGGCGUUGAGGAGAAAUUGGGCCUUCUCCGCCAUUGCUCCCUGUCUGUGGAGCGCUCUCUUUGGGGAGGCCCUCUUGCAGGGCCAGCCCAUCCAAGAGGCAAGAUGUGGCAACCGCCUUGGGCGGCAGUAUCCAUGGGGCAGCAAUUCCGGCCUCCAAGGACUGUGUUGCAUGCUGCUACCACCACAGCAGCCCUUGCGGCACAAUCCUUGGAGGCAGGAUCUGACCCGUGGCACCUGGAAAGUGACAUCUUGGUGAAUAUUAGGAGGCUCUACCAGUUUCCUCCCACCAUUCUUCCCAGUGUAAAUCUUUAUUUCCGUCUUGUUCCAGGUGUACAUCUUUGCACGCCUCUUCUUCCCUCAUGGGGCUGGUGGAUGCCAUUUUGCGGUGCCAAAGUGUCUUGGGCCAGCCCUGCUAUCUGGGCACCACCCUAACGACGUUUCUGCAAUAGGCAGAAACGUCUUGUUUCCCCGGCAUACGAUAGUCUUGUUGCUAGGUUUCAUAUUGCUUAUGUAAUUUUAUUAUAGGUUUACAGUGUACAGUGGUACCUCAGGUUAAGAACUUAAUUUGUUCCGGAGGUCCGUUCUUAACCUGAAACUGUUCUUAACCUGAAGCACCACUUUAGCUAAUGGGGCCUCCCGCUGCUGCCGCGCCGCCUCUGCACAAUUUCUGUUCUUAUCCUGAAACAACGUUCUUAACCCGAGGUACUAUUUCUGGGUUAGUGGAGUCUGUAACCUGAAGUGUAUGUAACCUGAAGCAUAUGUAACCCGAGGUACCCCUGUACGUUGCUUUGAGGCUUCCUUUUGUUAAGGCAAAUCAGAGAAACUAAACUAACCACUCUCUUUGCUGCUACCACAGGAUCUUUGGCUUCCCCCACCAUUACACCGACUUGUCCAACAUGGGGCGUGGAACUCGUCAGAAGCUGCUUGGCAGGGCAUGGAGUGUCCCGGUCAUCCGCCACCUGUUUGCUCCACUCAAGGAUUAUUUUGCCUGCGACUAGGGAGCAGGUGGGGUGCCCAGGUCUCCUUGGAGCAAGCAGCCUUGGGAGAGGAGGGCAGCAAGGAGCUUGGAACGAUACCCUCCUGCAAGUGCGACCGACAGCACAGCAUCUCCCCUUCGCCACCAUCUGCAAGCGCCACCAUGGAGACUGGAAGGAUGGGAAUGUUCCUUUCCAUCAAUACUGACAUUUCUAAAAGGUCAAAAGACCUCUGUUUACUCACCGUGCAAAACACUGUUGUGUCCAUGGAGGGACACGACUGCAGCAUUAGCCAAGCAUUUCCCCCCUAAGAUCAAUGUCAGUCGCUGCCCGACUGAGAGGCAGUUUUCUGACGGGCUGUACGAAAACCCCACAAACUUGAAAAAUAAUUUUUAAAAGGAUGAGCGACAGAAUCUCUCCAGGGACAAUCAUGAAGAAACCAAAAUUGCAGCAACAAUCCUGCCUUGCUGCUUUUUGUACACUGGAACAAUCAGGAUAAGACGAGGAGACUCUUCUCCUUUUUAUCCUUCUUUUUAAACUUCUAAAAUAUAUAUAAAUAUAUAGAACAAAACUUUUUUAAAAAGCAAGAUACUUGGCUGCUGCUUUUUUCAACGUUAUGUGUGAAUGGUGGAAAUUCCUCAAGAGGAAUUUAGCUGAAACACAAGUGUGGGAUAAUUAUUGUAGCUAGAGGAAAAGAAAACCAAACAACCAACUCUGCCAAAUGCAUCCAGGUAUACUAUUAAACUGCUAAUCUAUCUUAAAAAAAUAUGCUGUUAAAGUUAACAUACAGUCCGCCUGGAUUUUUCUUGCACAGACCCAUUGAAGUGACCCAGAGCCCCUUGCAAGAGCUUCUCUGAGCUUCUCCACAAAUUCUUGUUUCACCUGCGGGGCAGAGAAGAUCUCUUGGCCUUUGGGGUUGAGCAAAGGGGAAUAAGAGCGUCACAUUUGGCCCCCACCCUCCAAAAAAUUCUACAAAUGCCUAUGCUGCUGUGGACUCAAAACCUGUAGGACACGUUGAUCUUUGUUUGCAAUGUCCCCAACAGGACUUCAUGCAGAGGGACAUCAGGUCCGAAACUUAUUGAUGCUGCUAUUUUCCUCAUGAAUGUUAUCUUUGUUCCCCCACCCCUCCGUUGGCAUUACCUUGUACCACUGGCUUUGUUAUGGAAAGGAAAUGACAUCCGUCUGCCGGGGCAACUUGUUUUUGUAGAUCGUCUCUCUUUCCACCCAUCAAGGCACUGCCAUGUGCUAAGAAGCAGCAUUUGAUACAGUGGAUUCGAUGCAACUCAAUGGGUUCUUUCCCAUGGAGGAUGGAGCUGGAGAGAUCCUUUCACAUGCCUCCUGGUUCUGUGCCACUUGCCAAAGAAAGGAGACCUUUUUCGGAUCAGGCAGCUGUGGGGACGUGCUUUUCUAGCCCACAACUCCUAGAGCAGUCUUCCCUAACCUGGUGGCUUCUUCGUUGGGGAAGACUGCUAUGGAGGUUGCCAUAGCACUUGACUUGAUGUCAAGCAGAAUGGGUAGCAGGUUGGCCAAGAAUCAUUCAGGGGGAAAAGGAAGCUCCACUGAUAGGAAUGAGAGCAAGCAGAAGGGCACGACUGUGGGCACACACUCCUCGCAUUCGUUCCAUUGGCUUGUGAGCAGGAGACCUUCCUAGUGGACACGUCGCAGAUUGUUCAAGAUUGUUCCCCACACGCCAUCAGUAUUUUAAGGUCCACGUCCAAGCUGUGCUCCAAGCUCCCCCACUGAACAACAGCCAAAAACAUGUUGCUCGGGGAACAUACUAAGUAUGGCAGAGAUGCCCUCCUCUGCUUCCCAGCAUAGCUGCAGCAAUGUCAGCUUUGCCCAGAUUUAUCUCCAGCAGGCAUUGCAUCAAAUUGGGCUGUUGGCUGUAAGUUCUCUGUCACUGCCUAGGUCCUUCAGGAAGGAACAGCUCAGGGAAGCCAAUUCAAACCAGAGAAGGAAGCUUUCCUCCUCCUUCUCUACUUUUUGCUUGACCCAGGUAUCAUCUCUCUCAUCUGUGCCACCGCUGAAGAAACUGCCAACACUGGAGUAGUGAAUUGGUCCUACACUAAGCUGGAGCCUCUACUUUCUGCUUGAGAAUGAACGCCAGUAAUCUUGAGCGGAGAUGCCUCGGAAGACACAUUACAGGAGGGGGUACCAGGUCUGGCUUAUUUGGAAUACCUGGACUUGAAACCAUGACCCUCCCAUGUGCUGGAAUUCCACUGAUUUUCCUGCCACAUGAAUGGAUCUUAAGAUAAACAAGUAGCAAGUGAGCCACUGAUCAGAAAGUACAUGGGUUCCUCUGACCCCAAGCUUUGUCCAUGGAAACCAAACAGCUGGAAUGGAAAUGGAAAUGUAUGUAACUCAAGAAAGGGAGUUAACCAUAUGUGCCUUCUUGUCCUUUAUUAUUUUGUUUUCCAGACCACAAUAGCAGAUCUGCCGUUUCAACAAGUUUAGGCUUCUUUGCUAAAAACAGUAAGACUUGAAAGACCCUCCGUCAGAGGAGGACAAGUUGUAGGAAGCAAGGUAGAAAAAGAAACUGAGGCGACUGUCUACUUGUGAAACUUGCACAAAAAGCAGCAAUAACUAUGAUGUCUGUUGCUGGGCAAAAUCCACUAUUUUACUGCAUUUUUGCCUCUUUUUAAAGAUGCAUUUCAGGCAUGUUCUUGUGACAAUGUUUUAUAAGGUUUUCCUGUCUCUUGUUGGUGCUAUAUUUUUAGAAUUUUUGAUGCCAAAACUGUUUUUUUAUACUAUCGUUUUUAUAAAAACAUAUGACAAACUUGUUUUUCUCUUUUUGUUUGUUUCUAUUGUUUUCAUUUUUAUGAGCUUUGUGAAGUGGAAGCUCAGUACCAAAGUGAACAUCUGAGCCUUUGCAAGGGGGAAAUUGGGUGCUGUUGUGUUUUUCUGUGUUUGUGUGUUUUGUUUUUGUUUUUUUUUACUGGAAAUGAAAACAAUUGGUUACUAAAGAGUUUACCUCGAACAUUUUCCAUUGUUUAAUUAAAGUCAGUGUUCUAUAACUGAGC